CUCUUUCGGGUCGGCAAGUGUCCGGAGUAGGAGGAGGAGGCGGCGGCGGCAGCGGGGAAGGCGGCGGAGGAGGGAGGGGGCCGUGGCCAGCCCAUCUUGCUGGGCGAUGGGCCUGGGCUACGCAGCGGGGUGAGGAGGGUACGACCUGUGAGUACUGAGAGGUGGACGGGCGGUGCCUGGCUCUCCAGUGCGUGGGGAGGAGGAGAGGCUGAGAUUAAGCGCAGGCACGGCGGCAAUGUAGAUGGGGUGGCUGUAGGUCACGAGUAUGCGAGACCUACAGCUACGGUUAUUUGUGGGAUGGGGCAGUUCGGGGGAACCAUCUUAAAUGAAGUUGUUAGGUUAGGGCUGCCGAGCACGUAAGGCUGGAGGGCAGCGUGCAAAGCAGCCUUUGCGCGAGAUUUUGUACUUUUGAAGCACACAUUGGAGGACUAACACAAAGCCCCACUUGUGGCAGUAAAAGCUUAACCUAGAAACCUUGUUGGGGGGGGAGGCGUGAUAUCGGAGACAUGAAUUUUCUUGCAUUAUAGCUUUCACAGCUUGUACGCACCAUGCAGACAGCAUUGUAAUUAGGAGCAUCCUAUAAAGUAGGGAGAGGCUAACCAUUAAUGCAUAUGUUUUGCAUAUUAUUUAAUAUGCUGCUACAAAUGGGUGCGUCGACAUCUGCUAGUGCUUCUUAAACUGUGGUGUGGAAACUUUGGGGCACUUUCGGGAAUACUUCAGAGGUGUAGUUUUUUCAAUACUUCCAUAAUGUUGUUUGACACAUUUUCUUGGAUCAUUCUAAAAAGUGUUUGUGUAACUUGUAAGUCUUUCAAGAGUUGUCCUAUGUAACAGAUAUGAAUGCAGUCCACAAAGAACAAAUGAGAAUAGCCCUUAGUACAAUUUAAUAUGCAUAUAUGUAGUUUGUUUUCAAGUCUGAAACUGGUAAUUGUCAAUUAUGACCCAAACUUAAGAGUUACUGUGGUAUCGAGUCUUAACAUCUGGGUUGGUUCAUUUGGAGAAAGGCAGACCCUGAGGCAUUCGGGUCCUGAGCUGCAUAAAGCUUCUUAGGUCAAAUCCAGCACUUUGAAUUGGGCCCGGAAGCUAUCUGGUAGCCAGUGCAGUCAGGCCAGAAUUGGUGUUCUGUGCGCAGACCAUCUUUCCCUGGGGAGCGACCUGGCCACUGAAUUCUGCACCUACAGCGUCUGAACUGUCUUCAAAAGUAGCCCCUUGUAUAAAAUAUUUUAAAAGUUACCAGAGCAUAGACAACAGAAGUUAGGUUAUCCCUCUCUACAUAAGAGUAUAGCUGGGUCACCAACUGAAGCUGAUGGAAGACACUCUGCACCACUGAGGCCAUGAAAGCAUUUGAUGGGACAACACUUUCCUUGAAAGAGAAGAGUUUAUCUUUUAUCUGUGGCACAGCCAAACUUACUUAUUUGAGAAGCAAAUCUGCUACUUAUUUCCAGCAUGCAGUUGCAGGUAGGAUGUGGACACAGGUGUUUCCUGUGGUGUAGAAUGAUUCUCAUUUGGAGCUGCUGCAGCAAGUCCCAGGAGAACGUAGCGGUGGUGGAUGGGUCUGUCUGGACCAUUUUGCUGGGUAAUAGCUUCUGGGUUGACACUGUCCAGUGAAGUUAGGAGGGGCAGAUUGCAAUUCUGAAUGUAGCACAGGAGUUCUUAUGUGGUGUGUGAUUUGGUAUUGUGGUCUGCUGCAGAAGUGGGCAUUAUGGCUGGUUUUCUCCUCUGGUGUACUGGUUGGAAUAGAGCAUGGGUAGGCAAACUAAGGCCCGGGGUCCGGAUCCGGCCCAGUCGCCUUCUCAGUCUGGCCUGCGGACGGUCCAGGAAUCAGCGUGUUUUUACAUGAGUAGAAUGUGUCCUUUUAUUUAAAAUGCAUCUCUGGGUUAUUUGUGGGGCAUAGGAAUUCGUUCAUCCCCCCCCUCCAAAAUAUAGUCCGGCCCCCCACAAGGUCUGAGGGACAGUGGACCGGCCCCCUGCUGAAAAAGUUUGCUGACCCCUGGAAUAGAGUCUGGGAAGUCCAACUCCCAAUAGUCUGCGAUCUCACAGUAUUAAAAAACUGGCAAUGAUCUACCCAUUGUCGUAAAAAGACUGGCAGUGAUCUACUACUGAAAGUUGUGGAGGUUUUUUAGGAAGCCAAAGUUGUGGAGCCUGAGCUUUUUUUAGAUCACAAUCUACCCGUUGGACAUGCCUGGAAUAGACAACAGAACAUUUGCUUAUGUAGUUUGUUUGUUACAUUUAUAUCCUGCCUUUCUGCUGAGGCACUCCAAGUGGUAUACAUGGUUCCACCGCUCUAUUUCAUCCUUGUCACAACCCUGUGAGUUAGGUCAGACUGAUCGGCCUGAGGUCACUCAGUGAACUUCAUGGAACCGAUGUUUCCACAGUGCCGUUGAGCUGGUGCUAAACAUAUUUCUCUGCUUUCCUUUAGACUACAUCAAUGAGGCCGAGAGGUGGGUCUUGUCAACUGGGCAGGCCAGGACCUCCAUACACACUGCCCAAGCUUGUGCCCUGGAGAGGUCACUUCUGUGAUAAUGCAGCAAAAACAGUGUGGGAGGCAGCAGUUAUUAGUUACCGAUCUUUGUAGCAGGCACUGUGGUUCUUCAGCAGUUUGGCUUUGCCCCUGGAGGCACACUCCAUUGUCUCUCUAGACCAGGGGUCGGCAAACUAAGGCCCGCAGGCCGGAUCAAGCCCAAUUGCCUUCAGGAUCCAGCCCGUGAACUGUUCGUGGAUCGGCAUGGGGAUUCUGUUCGUUUGGGCUGUGCCAUUUUUUUCCUGCCCCCCACACCAUGGCGGUGCCUCCUCCCUCCCUCCUUCUGGCUUCUCCCCGUCUUGCCUAGAGGAGGAAGGGGGCUGGCUGAGUGCCAUUUUAAGCAGCCCCUCUCUGGAGCCAUCCCUUUCGUGCUGCUCAUCUUCCCACCGCCACCGCUGCCCUGGUGCUCCUGUGGGCCAGAGAGCGGAGCGGACGAGCUCGCUCUGCCUGCCCAUGAGAAGCAGCGGUGGUGGCAGUGGCGGUGGCAGCCCCAGGGAAGGUAAGCGCAGCGGCUGGGGGUGGGUGGGGAGGAAUAAUUGCCCCCAUACCUCUUCUUCCAACUCCCCCACCCUCCGGUGCCGCUUCUCUGGCCUGCCACAAGGUCUGAGGGAUAGUGGACCGGCCUGUGGCAAAAAAAAUUGCCGACCCCUGCUCUAGACAGAUGGAUGCCAAACUGGACUGGGUCCACCACUCACUACUUCCUAAAAAGUGCUGUGGGGUAGGUUUGGAGGUUCUGCCUCCAUGGCAACCAUAGGUCCAGGAGAAUACUCUGGACUUGGUUUUUUUGUUCUGUACAGGAGGAGGGUGAUCUGGGUAUGGAGGGGCAAUAUGUGGUCCUUUUCAACUCACAAAAGCUUCUAACCUCUGAAAGCUUAGAAGGUGGCAGCCUUUGGAGCAAGGUGGAGCCAAAAGGUUUCCUGACAGCCCUAGGUGAGUUUCCGACUGCUUCAGCCUGUGAUCCUCUCAAAGUCCUGGUCAGUCCCUGGAAUAAGCAGUGUAGUGUAAUGGUUAGAGUGUUGGAUUUGGGCCUGGGGGACCUGGAUUCAAAUCCCUACUCUGCCAUGAAGUGCCACUGUCUCUCAGCCUGACUUACAUAGUUCAGAGGAUGGUUGGGAGGAUAAAAUGGGAGGAAGAACUGUGUAGGCUAUCUUGAGUUCCUUGGAGGAAAGGUGGGAUAUAAAUGUUUUAUUUUUUAUUAUAUAGGGAAGGGCAAUGUGUUAUGCAUGGGACUACCUUUGAAGAGCCUUUGGAAGCUGCAGUUGAUCUGGAAUGCAGCAGCAAGAAUUUUAGUGGCCACAUAACCAUUGGACCAUGUUAUAUCUGUUCUGUAUGUUCCAACUGCCAGUUUGCUCCAAGGCACAGCUCAACUUACUGUUGAUUACCUUUAAACCCUUAAUGCAGGGGUGGGCGAAAUGCAGCCCUUCAAAUCUCUCUACCUGGUCCUCAGAACUCUUCCCAGACCACGCCUCUCACUGGCCUUGUUUGCAACCCCUUGAGUAUUUUUGCCCACCUGAAAUGUGUCCUUCCAUUCUGAUAAUGCUUCCCUCCAUGGGUGAUUCAAAGGGUGUCUAGGACCUCGGUUACUGUAUGAAGGCAAAAUGUACAUUUGGUUUUUUUUCUUCGUCUUUUUUUUUUGGUAAAAUUUACAUUUGUUGCUGUUUCCACUUUUGCCUCUGGCUUCACCUGCCGCUGGUAUGUGGCUCCUGGAAGGUUGCCCAGAAGGAAUGUGGCUGUUGGUCUGAAAAAGGUUUGGCCGGCCGGCCGGCUGGCCAACCCUAAUGGCUUGGAGCCAGGAUUCCUGAGGGAUUGCCUCCCAUAGCACUUUAUCUGCUCCGAGAACUCUUGCCUUCUGCUCUAGGAAACUGCUGCCCUUUUUUCAUUGGAGGAAAGCCUGAGCCUUGGGGUUCUGCCACCUCUUUGCAUAGAUUCCUUGUUCCUCUUUUGAACCAGCCCAUCCUCACUCCCUGUGCUGCUCCCAUUGCCCAAAUGGUCCUUAGUUUCCUUGCUUUGCCUGCUGUAUCCAAGUGGGUGUGGCACAAAUCCCCAAGGCCUUCCUGUUGGAGUGUCAUACCUGCCAGGUAAAUGGAUGCGUGAGGUCACCUGGCUCACAAAUAGAACAAGGAGGGCCCUGCUGCACCCCUCUUUUCUUCACAGGCAUUUUAUUCCUUCUGUGACCUUCCCUGGGUGACAUGAAAGAGCCCUUGAGAACUUGAUUCUAGACCAGAACCUGUUGCCUCUUUGAGUGCAGUCUGAGCGGUCCCUUUGCAGAAAGAAGCUUGCCCUUGCCUCCCAUAGUGACAGCCAAUAGCAGCUGACCUCCGCCAGUAUUUUUAGCCUUCUCUCAUAAGUGGCUGCAGUUGAUUGGGCAGCUGACGGGAAUCCUUUUAAACUCCUCUUGUGAUCAUGUAUAGUUACUCUGAUACUCUAAUUCACCAAAGCAGGUGUAAUUUUAGAUCCGCUUGGUAAAAGUCACUUUAACGGAGUGUGCUAACUGAUUCUAAAAGCCGGGCCUACUCUAGUGACCUUGCUGUGCCUAUUAAGUUUUUGGCUUCCCUUCUGCCCAACAAAUUCCAGAAACACUGAGCCAAUUUUAAGCAAUAUGCUAAACAUACAGUGAGCAUUAAUUCAUCAACUACAAAGCAACGCUCACAUAGAAUAUUAGGCACAGAGAGCAGGUUAUAGCCGACAAGGAAAUCCACAAUAUUCCGUAUAAGGAUUAGCACCUCUUGCUUUUAAGAAUACUCGCAAGUUCCUUUUCACAUUAAAGUAAGCUUCAGAAGUUUAAAGGGAUGUUUAUAAUUUUGCCGCUUGACUGCAGUGAUCUUGAACGGCAUUCUUUUCAUCUUAGAGUCAUGAAAGUUAUGCCGCAGCUAUUGAGGGUUGGGCUGCCCCCCUCCAAAAAAAUAGAUGCUUUAAAGUUUUCUGCUUGGAGUGGGAGACAUUUUCCAGCGUAACACAAACACACACACACAAAACCUUAAAUGUCUGUACCUGACAGAAUUUUACCGGGUAGUUUGUUGAUGACUCUCUCUACAUGAGAGCUCUUCCUCAGUUACUUAAAACUGUGCUUUAUACUUCAGAAACAUUCUUUUCUGUGAGUUAAAACCUUCGGCAGUUCCUGCAUGUAACUGCUAGUCAGUGUGUACAAAUGGUACAAGAAAGAUGAAAGCGUGCAUUCUAAUAAUGGCAGAUUCUGCAGUCUCUUAACAUCGUAGCUGUUAUGCAGCAGUUUGCGUCCUGUAUUAAGGGUGUUUUAAAUAUUGACCCUCGACCUAUGUUUCUCAAAAAAUACUUUCAUGCAGUCAUGUCCUGUAAUCUACCUGUGCAUGUUGUCUGGUAUUCUCAAUAUACUAUAAUAUUACUAUAGUAGGAUUGUCUGUUUCAGUUAGGAGAAGGCAACACAAGCCCCAGAGCUUGUGUUUAGCCCAGUGAGACUUCCUGUUUAAUACUCGUUAAGCAGAAUACUAUUAAGUAUUUAUUGUUAUCACAUCCCACCUAUUAUCUCAGUAGUUCUUAAAAUAAACUUGUAUGUUAGUGCAGUGUUAUUCCUGUAUUAGCAGUAGCGGCUGGCUAUUAACCUAAGAUGCCCCAAUAAGAGCCCAAAACCGACAUAGAAAGUGGGGCUCAUAGCUAUUGCUCUUACAUUUCACCAGCUGCAUCCUAGUUUGCAAAGCCCUGUGCAUUCACCAUGUGACUUUUCACCUUCAGACAGUUUAUUCCAGGAAGGAGAUUCUCCCCCCCCCAAAAAAAAUUAAUAAUACUGGGCUUACAUUACUGCUUCCUGAAAUGCCUAAUUUAAUUUUAUUUAUUUAGUUAUUUAUUUAUUUAAUAAAGCUAUAUACCACUCAAUUGUAAAAAAAUACCUACCGUUAUAUACUACUCAAAGCAGUUAUACAUAUUUCUGAUAUAUCUGUUAGUAUGAAUAUCUAGCAUGGUUAAAUAAACAGUGUAGAAGACAUAUUUGCAUAUAUCUACUUUAACAUGACUAGGAUGUGAACAAAAACUGAUGUGCUGUAUGAUGGCAUUGCUAUACAGCAUUUGCUAUUUUAUUCAUCAUAUGCUGCUUAAUCUUUAAAACUCAAUCGUUUUCUGUAGUGGUCAAGACAUGCUCCUGGUUUUAUCUUGAAUUUAUCAAAACUUUGAUUUGAUUUUCAUCUGAAAUAGCAAGAAAAAUGAUUAAUAAAAAUGUAGUUUUUACAAAAGAACUAUCCUUUCAUGACAAUAAUGUCAUUAAAUUGCACUAUUUGUGCAAGUAAAAUUUGAAUUUUAUCCAACGUAUUUCGGUUCUUCAAUGUAUCCUUCUUCCAGUCCAAGAUUAAAUGGCCACCAUUGGUGCUCAGAAACAUUACUUUAGUACUUGAUCAAAGAGCAAUAGCAGUUAGGUUGCUAUGAAAAAGAACUAUAGCUAAACUGAAGAUGUGAAUGACAGAAUGAAAAUAAAAUGGUGUGCUUGGUUGUUUUAAUGUCACACUUGGUUUUUCAUAAAAACUAGGAAACUGUUGAAGUGUUACUGAAUACGGUUUAUUUUUUCCCUGUUUGUAGGGGUCGGAUAAGACAUUUUCAAAGUGUUCACUAUGGUCCGAGAAAGAAAAUGUAUAUUGUGUCACAUCAUAUACAGCUCAAAAAAGGUAAACUGAAAUGUCAACUAUCCCAAUCAAAUGUAGUUUUCUGAAAGAGGCUAUGUUGAUUUAAGAUGCAUAUCUUAAUUUUCCAGAGGUGUUUCCAGAGUUGUUCAAGGUGGCUUUCAUUACAUUAAAAUCAAUUCAUAUUAAUAAUGGUAAUAAUAAAUAUUAAGCUCACAAUGUUAAGAAACAACAGCAACUACCAUAACUUUACUCCAGGAGAAACAAAAAGUUUAAGUGAGAAAGGGCCCAAAAAGGUUUUAAGCCGAGAGCAGAUUAACAACAGAGAAGGGGUUAAGUGGCUCUUCUGUGGCAAUGUGUUCUGCAUCCUGUGUGGUGCUCAGAGAAAGCGCCCUUUCAUGUUUCCACCGACCAUGCUUCAGAUGAUGGCACUGGGAUUUACAAAAGGGCCCCUCUGUGGGGAAUUAAAUAUAUGAUUCCCUGUGGACCCACGUAUGUGGGUGAACAAUAAAAGAAUCAGCUAGGUGUCCCCCCCCCAAAAAACACCCACAUUGGAAGUGGUGGCCAGGAAAAUUGAAUUUCUGAAAGUAAUGCAGAUUGAAUUGUACGUGUAUACACCCUUCAUACCUGGUGAGGUGCACAUGUAAUGUGUGCUUGGGUACAAAAUGUAAAGUCAGAAUUGGACCUUAGAAGAAGUUAAUCAGGCAGAGCUCUCAGAGCAAAAAUAGAAUUAGACGAAAUGCAUUUGUAUAGGUCAGGUCAAGUCCUUAACCACUGAGGAAUUUUUGAGGAGGAGAAGGGGUGGGUGGGAGAGGUCUCUUAAUAACUAUUUUCUCUUCUAUUAGAACUGACACGUCCCCAUGAGCAGAGAGUCGGAUUUCUCAGAGCUCUGCUACAGAGACUAGCCUCACUUUCUGCCCAGAAUACACACUAAGCUACAGGAUGAAUUCCCAGAAACAAAUUAGACUAGCACAAUACACAUUUUAACAUUUGUUGAGCUAAAAUACUUACCGUAUUUUUCGCUCUAUAGGACGCACUUUUCCCCCUCCAAAAAUGAAGGGGAAAUGUGUGUGCGUCCUAUGGAGCGAAUGCAGGCUCCUCGGCUUCGCGGCGAGGCGCCUGACCUGGAAGCCGGAGGAGGAACAGAAGGGACUCCUUCUGUUCCUUCUCCAGCUUCGCUGAAGGGCGCUGCGCCUUCUCCCUCUCUGCGCAGCACCUCUCCUGUGAAGGAGAGGCGCUGCGUGGAGAGGGAGAAGGCGCAGCGCCCCUUGAGUGGCGCGCCUGUGCAGCGAAGCCCGAGGAGGAACAGAAGGGUCUCCUUCUGUUCCUUCUCCAGCUUCGCUGAAGGGCGCUGCGCCUUCUCCCUCUCUGCGCAGCGCCUCUCCUGUGAAGCGCGGAGAGAGAGCGGCGCGCCCCUUGAGCGGCGCGCCUGUCAUGCGAAGCCGGAGGGGGCACAGAAGGGUCUCCUGUUCCUUCUCCCGCUUCGCAGUGACGCGCCUUGCCAGCGAAGCUGGAGGAGGACCAGACGGGUCUCCUGUUCCUUCUCCAGCUUCGCUGAAGGGCGCUGCGCCUUCUCCCUCUCUGCGCGGCACCUCUCCUGUGAAGGAGAGGCGACGCGCAGAGAGGGGGGAGGGGCAGCACCCCGUGUGCGGCGCGCCUGUCCAGCGAAGCCCGAGGAGGAACAGAAGGGACUCCUUCGGUUCCUUCUCCCGCUUCGCAGUGAUGCGCCUUGCCAGCGAAGCUGGAGGAGGAACAGAAGGGUCUCCUUCUGUUCCUUCUCCAGCUUCGCUGAAGGGCGCUGCGCCUUCUCUCUGUUCCUUCUCCAGCUUCGCUGAAGGGCGCUGCGCCUUCUCCCUCCCUGCGCGGCACCUCUCCUGUGAAGGAGAGGCGCUGCGCAGAGAGAGAGAAGGCGCAGCACCCCUUGAGUGGCGCGCCUGUCCAGCGAAGCCCGAGGAGGAACAGAAGGUCUCCUUCUGUCCCUUCUCCCGCUUCGCAGCGACGCAUCUGUCCAGCGAAGCCGGAGGAGGAACAGAAGGGUCUCCUUCUGUUCCUUCUCCAGCUUCGCUGAAGGGCGCUGUGCCUUCUCCCUCUCUGCGCAGAGAGAGAAGGCGCAGCUCCCCUUCAGCGACGCGCCUGUCCUGGCUUCUGCUUUAGCCCUGCGCAGCCUCUUCGGGCAGGGGGAGCCUUCAUCCCGCUGCCCUGAAGAGGCUUGGCGCGGUUAUCCCAGAAGCCAGAAUAGCCACACGGUAUCCCAGAAGCCAGAUCCCUCUUGCUGUUCUGGCUUCUGGGGUUCAGAAUGAGUUUUUCUUGUUUUCCGCCUCCCAAAACUAGGUGCGCCCUAUGGUCCGGUGCGCCCUAUGGAGCGAAAAAUACGGUAAGUGUUGCCCAGUUAUCCUUAACACUGUGUGCUUUGUGAUCGCUCCUAAAUCUUCUAAUGUGGCUCUCUGGAUAGUACACAUUUAAGAAAUGGAGGCCAAAUAUAAUCACACAUAUAACCGGGGAGGGAAGGUAUAUAAUUGGGAGGGAAGAAGAGCAUGUAAAAAACCUAGAUAUGAUUAUACAAAGGAAACUAAUGAGAAAAAAUGGCUGGAAAUGUGCAAGCCUUUUCAGAUCCAUAUAGAAGACCCAAAAGAGUGUGUACAAUAGUUGCCUAAUCAAAUAAUUGAAUCCUAAGAGACAGAGAGAAUAUUAUAUAUUUGUAGAACAGAACAUGUAUAAUGUGCUUUUUGAACAGUAUGAAAGCAGAUACCCUUCUUCAUUUCUAUAUUAUAAAACGUUGUUUCUCCUCUGUUUAGUGCCACCUUUUCUGCAAAGGUGAUUUCGCAUUCUAACGCCAGUAAAAAACAGUGGAUAGUGGAAUAAGCCAUCAAAGAAACUGACAAAAUUUAAUAGGAGGAAAUUGAUAGAUAUGGAUGAGGAGUACUUAAUUAUGCUCUGUUUUCUGGCUAUUUAUAUUUUAACACUUUUUCUGCUUUUAGGAGAUGGAUGAGCACAUGAGAAGUAUGCUUCACCACAGGGAACUUGAAAAUCUGAAAGGGAGGUAUGCUUAUAACAGUAUCAGCUAUGUCUUGCUGAAACCUGAUGAAGGGCUUUGGAACACAACCCUUCUAUCUUGUGUGGAAUGCAGUCACUUUAAGUAUAAUGAUAUUGGUACCACGCCUUGUAUUUAAGCACUAGCCUGGUAGCCAUAGGCGACGAGGAAUUCCAUGCAUGCAAGUGAAUGCUCUGUCCAUCCUCAGCGCUCAGCGCAGCAGCUGAACCGGCUGCCAGAGAAGGAAAGCACAGGAGUAGAGAGGGCUGCUGUAGGAGGGAUAGGGGUUCUCUGUUCUUCCUCUGCCGGCCCUCAACAGGCUACUAAAUGUUUACAGGCUAGCAAUUUAUGUGAACUUGUUCACAAGGAUGAUUUAAAAGUAUUUUCUAGGGUUUUCAGCUUGUUAAGCUCACAGGGCAGUGUCCAGUGAAGUAGUUCUGUUAGGACAAGGAUUUGUCUUUGCACAGUGGAACCUCCCUUCUCUCUGCUGUCCCCAUGUGUCUCCCCCCGCUCCUCAGAUCUGCUCCAUAGGGUUGAAAGAACCCCGGGAGCACAUGGGGAGUGGAGAAGAAGGGGAAGUUCCACAACCCAAAGUCAUUGCACUGACAUUACAACUUCGUGGACAUCUCCCCUACUCUUUAAAGUUCAAAUCAACAGUGAUUGAUAAUGAUUUGGUGACUGGGCCAGGGGUUGUUGUUGAUGACGUUUAUGCUCAGCUGCUUAGGCAGACUUUUGUCGUUACUUCAGAUUCUGUCCUGAGGGCUAGGGGUGUUUGUUAACAAUUACAGUGGUACCUCUAGUUACGAACUUAAUUCGUUCUGGAGGUCUGUUCUUAACCUGAAACCGUUCUUAACCUGAGGUACCACUUUAGCUAAUGGGGCCUCCCGCUGCCGCCGCACGAUUUCUGUUCUCAUCCUGAGGUAAAGUUAUUAACCCAAGGUACUACUUCCGGGUUAGCAGAGUCUGUAACCUGAAGUGUUUGUAACCCGAGGUGUUUGUAACCUGAGGUACCACUGUAAAAGAAUUGGUUAAAUACAAUUUGUGCAUCUAGUUACAUGCAGCUUGAGUUCAAUGACUUCAGAUGAAUAGAUCAUUUUAUUUUACAGAAUGAUACAGGGACUCAAAGUAAUGUGCAGGUGUUAGAAGAUGUCCAUUAAGAAAAAAAAGGUAAAAUUGAGCUCAGGGCCUGUGGUGAGUGUUGGCAUUCUUAUUUUCAAGUGAAUCAUGGGUUAGUGGGUAAAAAUAUUGGCUUUGUUACAGAAAGUCUGGGUUUGCUUACCAUCUCUGCAGUGGACUUAGCCAAAGAGCACAGUGGAUGGAUGCUGUUCCCAUAGCACAAAUGGCAGUGGAUCAAAACCAUCCUCUGCUAUGCCUCUUUGCUUUUUCAUGUUGCUAGGGAUGGCUUAGAAAUAGAUUAGAAAAAUGCCUGGCUGUUAGGUCACAACUGAAGCAUGUUUAGAGGUGAUACGCUUCUGGUCAUCAAGCAUGGCUGGCCUCCAUCAUGACCCACUUGUGAACUUCCUAGCUAGCCACUAUGGGGAGACCAGCAAUUGAACUGAGCCUUUGGGUAUUUCAAAGUUCAGUCAAUGUAUGUGGAGGAAGGGGGGCAUUAUAUGCAUGUUCACAUGCAUGCAUAAUUUUCAGAGGUGGAGCAAAGCGAGUAAAGUGUUGGAGUGGCUGUCCAAGGAAGAAUUUAUCUUUACUCAGCUUUUAGAAAUGCUUUAGAGUAAGAUGCAUUUUGUUCAUUCUUCGAAUCAAGCCUUACAGGGGGCUGACCUUGUUCUUGGCAAUGAGACCCCAUCUGUUCUAUUGCAGAACAGCUGGGAGAUGGUUGCUCUGAUACCAGAAUGUCAUCAGCAUUAACUUGAGCAGUGUAACUCGAGCUUUGCUUAUUCUAGCUAAUUUUUAGAACAAUAAUUUUAAAUAACUUCCUAAAAUAUCCCAUUAGGAACCAACCUUUUCUUUUUUCUUUUUACAACUGUUAACAUUUCUAUAAGUUCUGAUGCCAAAUGUGGUUCACACUGAAGGUUUAAGCAAGGUUCUAUUGGUUUUUAUAUUUAUAAUUCUCCUGUGUGUGUCUUUGAUUGGUUAACAUUCACAUUAGGGCAGAUAUGAAUGUGUAUGAUUUAUUUCAGUGGUGCAGUGCUCGUGCCUGUCUGUGGUGCGUUGGAUUGGGUCAGCUUUUUAACAUGCAUACGAAAACUUCACCACAGGGACUUGCUUUUCCCUUGUUUAGAGGUAUCCUAGUCUAAAUCCAGAGGCAACUCAUUCCACACAAAGUUAUUUUUGCUAUCUAUGUGACAUCCAUGAGAGCAGGGAACACUCCUGUUGUAUAGACAGUGAGAGGGCAAGUAGUGGUAUCCAGGGAGCGAACUGUGCUAUACUAAGAUACACUGUGUGGGGCGGGGUGUGCGUGUGUUGAGGCAAAUAUUUUAUUUAUUGAUUUAUGUAUACUGUGGUACCUCAGGUUACAGACGCUUCAGGUUACAGACUUUGCUAACCCAGAAACAGUACCUCGGGUUAAGAACUUUGCUUCAGGAUAAUAACAGAAAUUGUGUGGCGGUGGCAGUGUGAGGCCCCAUUAGCUAAAGUGGUGCUUCAGGUUAAGAACAGUUUCAGGUUAAGAACAGACCUCCGGAACGAAUUAAGUUCUUAACCUGAGGUACCACUGUACUUAAUUAACACCUCAUAAACAUGUUCUCUUCACAUUAUACAAAUCAAUUCAAAGCACAACCAUUAUCCACAAUAAAUACUAAAACUCCAUCUGUCUUGGAGACAACGGAGGAGUGCGCCUUUGGGUUUGCUGUCAAACUACAGUGCCGAUUACAGGCGCUAAAACCAACGAAUGAGCGGACAUACCAUAGGGACUUAAAACAUGAUCUUAAAAUGCUAGGAAGAGCACAAAAAGGCUUGUCCUGAUGCUGAAACAAUAACAAUGUGGGCAUUCCAAAGUGGUGGGCAGACCCACCACUAAAAAGGUCUCUCUCAUUCACCUCAGCUUUGGUUUGAGGGGGCGCUAUAGAAAGACGGCUACCAUUGUUGUUGUUGUUGUUAUAAUAAUAUUAAACCACCAUCUCAAGGCAAUUUACAUGUAAUACAGUUGAAAACAGUUAAAAACACAAAACAGUAAACACAUUUAAAACAAUACUAAAACCUUAUCCAGCUACAAAAACCUGCUGGACUAAAAAUCAUAGAUUGUGGAGUUGGAAGGGUCCCUGAAGAUCAUCUCGUCCAACCCCCUACAAUGCAGCUGUCCUAUAACUGUUUCUGGAAAGUGCGGAUUGCUGGUGUCUGCCAUAUUUCAACAGGAAUGCUGUUACACAGAACAGAGGCAGCCAUACUAAAAGCCCUCCUCUGAGUUAUUGCAGAGUUGGCUUCUGAAAUCUUUGGCUCUUGCAGGAAAUACUUUCCAGUAGACCACAGCAAUCUACUGGAUGUAUAAGGCAUAAGGUGACCUGUCCAGCAUCUUGAACUUAGCCUGGUAGGAAAUGGGCAGCCAGUGUAAAGGCUGCAAGCAAGUUGUUAUAUGCUUCUGGUAGUCCCACACCCCACCCCACCCCGCCCCAAGAAGCAGCUUAGCCACUGCAUUCUGUACCAGCUGCAACCUCUGAAUCAAUCCAAAGGGUAGCCUCACAUUGCAGUAAUCCAACUGUGAGGUUACCAACACAUGUUCAGUCCAAAGCUCUCAUGAGCUUUCAAUAGCUGUACAAUUCUUUAGUUCCUAGCCUUUGCACUUAAAUAGGAGUUGGUGGAAAGUACACAGCUCAUUUAUUUGAAAGCCUUUUAAAGAGGCCUAACACUUUGUUUAACAAUCAGCUGGUCUCUCUUAGUAAACUGUGUAAAAAGGCUGUUAAGUCUAAUAUAAUAUCUUGUGAGUGGGUGAAAUAUUCUCCCUCUCCCCCCCCCCCGGGUUUUGUUUUUCACAUUUAAAAAAAAGCUGCAGAGGUGGAAGAAAGUUCCUAGGCCUCAACUUCCUUUGGGAGGAAUUCUUUACAGGAUAGUGAAGAUGCUUGUGAUCUAGGAGGUGUGUGUGUGGCGAGGGUGUGUGGGUUCUCUCACUUCAUUAUGAAUAUUUUAGCCAUGUGACUUCACAGCUAGGCAGAAACUCACAUAUGUAAUAUAUAACAGCACUAAGCUUUAAAAAAAAGCAAAAUGCCUAAACUGUGUUUGCCUUUCCCUUAGUAUAUAACGUACAUUUUUGGUUGUUUUUUAAGUGUGCCUGAGUGAGGACAAUGUUUCCCAGAGUGAGAUGCAGAAAAUUUGAGGGGGUUGUCAGUAUUUGGGUCAGUGUAGGCUAAGAGAGGUUAUUUCUGGUCAGAUCACAUGGGGCUUAAACAAAGUUUCAAGAGUCUUAGAAUUUCAAAAGUGCAGGUUCUAAAUGCAAAUUCUCCCUCCCCCCCAUUCCCAUGUGGGCCGAAGGAGAGGUCAUUGAGUCUUAAUAGUCUUAAUAGUCUGCAAAAUGUCAACCUCUCUAUGAAGAUCUAUUUCCCCCUUCUGUUGCCUAUUGUGACCUAUUAUGUACAUGUGAAAGUAUAACUUUCAGCCCCUAAUGAAGUCUCAAGUUCUUGGAUGAGUGUUGCAGAUCAUAGUUACAAAAAACCAAAAAUAGUUCAUUUGAGAAAAUAGUGAAGGUGAAUAGCAAAAUAAAAAUUUUGAAUGUAGUUUGCCCAAAGGACUGCAAAUAGGUAUUUUUUUCUGCCCCUCACCCAAAACAUGAAACAAAAUUGUGUGUGUGUGUGUGUGUGUGUGAUUUCCACCCCCCUUCUUGGCAGACUUAGAUGAAACCAGAGUUCACACACUUGUCUGAAACAGUUGUUGGCUUCCUCCAACUGAAACAAUUUUGUAUCUUCACAAUAAUCCUUGCGGAGCAGAGAGUGGAUUUAGCUUGCAUCUUAUGAACCAAAUAAAUGAACCAAAUAAAGUAGAGCAAGCAGGCGACUCCCUCCCUUCAUUUUGCUGUGCUGUAAAGUCUUUGGAUUCCAGGCCACUGUGCCAGCUGUCCCAGUUUAGGUUUCACUGCGUUAGGAUUGGCUGUAGAGGUGCAAUCUCCCCUCCUCCUUGCUGAUGCUCAUUGGGGGAGCGCUGAGACAGAGCUUAAAUCUAGAAUCUUAUCGCUGGGCUUCCCCAGUGCAGCUGGCACCAUGGAGGUGCUUCAGAGCAGCUUCUGCUAGCUCUGCAAGCCCUCCACUCUGCCACCUCCUCCGCUAUGUUUCCUCUGACAAGGUUUUGAGUACAACAAUCCAAGAAGAAUCCCAGCUGACACUCUGAUUAUUCUCAAGUCCUUUACCUCUUGAUUGUUGGAAAGAAAUCUGAAAUCCACCCAGACAUCAUUGAAAUUAACUACAACCGCAAAAGGAAGAACUUUUAAACCUGCAGGGUUUUCAAAAAGCUGCAAUGCAGAUUGCUAGACCUUGUGCACGUUUGAUGUGACACUUGCAGAUUCAGAGGAAACUGAGUUAAGAUCAGCAGCGUUUGCCAUGCCUGUGGGAAAAAUUGAAUGUCCAGCUUCUCCAUCUUUCCCCAGGGACAGCAAUCAUGAGUGCCAGGUGUGCAGGGUGACAGUGGUGGGCUUGUCGGCGUAUGCCAAGCACAUCUCCAGCCAGCUGCACAAAGACAACAUCGAAGCCCACGAUGGAGAAGAAGGGAAAGAAGAGACUAACGAAGAAUACUUUGACAAGGAACUCAUCCAGCUAAUUAAACAAAGAAAUGAGCAGAACCGGUGAGUGUGUUCACGUUUUCUUAGCAGUUGCGAUGUGGAGUUCUUCAACACUCUUUGAAUAUAGGGAAAUGAUGCCAAGAGUGUACUGUGCCUUUAGUAUAGUCCGUGGCCGCGGCUGGGAAAGUUGUAAGAGCUGCAUAAGUUACUAUUUUUAGUAUGCAAUUUUGUAGCAUUGCCCAAAGACCACUUGUAGACCAACAGAGUAGAUAACUCUGGGAUGGACCGUUAAACUUGGUUUCCCUGGCUUUAAAUCAAUAUACGGGGCCUCUUCUUGCAAACUUAUCUGUUGUAAGUUUUUGCUCAUGCUGCGUACUGCAGAACUGGAAAACCUUUUGCUAACUGAGCCUAUAUCAUUUGUAGCCUACUUUUUUAGACCAUAUAAAAUUAAAUUGCAUCUAGUGUAAUGAGAAUGCAUUAUGUUUCAUAGUUAAAUAUGCAUGCUCGUAUUUAUUAGAAAUUAUUUAAUUGUGAAAACUAUUAUAGGGACCAUAGAGCUGUGAAACGAGGCUAUUUAUAGGUUUGUUCCUUACUGUUCUGUCUGUCAGCUGAACCUGGAACCAUUUUUACUUCUCUGUUGUCUAGAAACGCAUUUGGGUCUUGAAUGAAAUCCUUUAUCCAAUUUAUGGAUAGAAUUCUGUACUCUAGGUUUUUCUGCAUAACUUCAAAUCGUGUUUUAAUCUGCUGUGUAGUGUUCAUUGCUUGUGUCAUGAUACAUUUUGCUAUAUGUGGUUUAAAUAACGUGAAUCUACUUUGGCUUUAUUGCACAUUUCUUGCCUUCCAUGGGGUGGAUCUGUGGACACUUCUGAUCCCAUGGGGUGUAAUAGUGGUUACCAAUUCCUCUACCUCCUGCUGCCUUCCCCAGUAUGUGUUGGAGGGUGGUCAAAACUCUGGAGCGUGGUUUACUUUGAGGGUGGGGGUUGCUGGUGGUGGAGAAGAAAACAGUGAACUACCAUCACCAUCCCGUUUCAACCAUUCCAUUCCAGUCACACAGCAGAAUCUUUGCAUCCAAGUAAAUCUAUCUUUAGGAUACACUCUUUGUGUUGUAAGUGAGCCACAUCAAUCAGCUUUCUUCUAAUAACAUUCAACAUAGUGAACAUUUCUCUAGCUGGCAGAAGUUAAAUUUUUCCCCUAUUCCUCUGUUUGGAUUCUUUGUAGGGGAUGUUUGAAACUUCCUAAUGAAUUGAACUUGGCAGAGGAGGAAAGUAUUAAGCACACGUUCUUGAUCUAGCAUGAGCAGAGGUGAUGGGGGGUGGGUGGAAAUCUAUCAGUCCUCGUGACUUUCUUUUCUCCUUGUAAGUUGCAAUGAUCUACAGAUUCAAUAAUAAUUGAAGUCCAUUUAUGGAACUACUAGAGCAUUUGAGUCUUGUCAGAGUUAAAAAGGGAUCUGGAACUUGAAACCUGAAGCAUACCCGUGAUCAGGGGUUGUGAAGAUGGAUGCCAUAGUGUGAAAUUUUCCUAUCCUUAUGUCUCCAGUGGCCUACAGGGAGAAAGGAAAAAUAGCCCUCUUGAUUUUUUUACAGGAUAAUGAAGGUCUGGAAUUCGGCCUAACGUUGCUGGGAAUAUUGCGCUAGCUAUGAAAAAGCAAGCAUUUUUCCUUGGAAUGUGUGAUAAGCCUUUUAAUGUAUUUUGCUGGCAAAUUUAAAUCCUGCCCUUUGGGCAACCUGCCAGCAGAUUGCCAAAUCACAAGCAUUGUAAUACGUGGUCUUAGAAAAUCCCGUUAUAUAUAAUGCAUAUAAACUGAAUCUUUUUUCCUGAAGCUAGAGCAUCUUUCACUGAAGCUAGGCAAGGUAGCUGUCUACAUACAGCACAGAUGUUGAAUUUGCAUCUUCAGGAGGACUGGUUACUUUUCUUAACUUAUUUUUAGACAAUAUUUUAAAACAUUAUAUCCUUCCAAUAUACUUUUCAGUUCACUAUCAUGUAGUAGGUGGACGGUGAAGCUGAUGUGGUAUAUGGCAUCUCUCUCCCUGAUGAAUAAUCCCAAAUGGGAGAAGAAAUAUCUUCUUCAUUCUUCAACAGCACAGAAACAUCCUUUCUCCCAGAGAUCCUUUCUGCCUUCCAUAGCUAUCCUCUGAGAUUGGGGGAGUGACCGAUAGGACUGCCACCAUUGUCAUGUUGACAGUGUGCAAUUAAUCCUUGUUUCAUUUAAUGAAUGACUGUAACAUAAUUAUGCUGUAUUUAUGUGAUGAAGCAGUGGAGACUGAUUUGUAUAUGACAUUUCUGCCGGUUGACUAAUUGAAAGGCUAUCUCAGGCUUACCUCACUCGGCAGUACAAAUCUCCAGCCUCUGCUUGCCUUUGGUCAGCACACCAGGGGCAAAAUGCAGGUCUAUUGUUAAGAGAUAUUUUAGAUCAGGCCUAAUAAUUUUUUUGAAAACUAACUGUUAUUGCAAAUGAGUGAAAAUACAGGUUAUUUAGUCUCCAGAUUAAAAUACUUCUAUCUUUAUAGGGCAGGUGAAGUGUGCCGUGUGAACCAUGAAACAGAAAACAGUGACAGGAGAUUACAAAGAAGACAAGAUGAAAGAACUUAUCAAGACCGAGACACUUACGAUUCAUCAUCAAGAUAUCAUUGUGGACCAUCGCAGAGGGAGUGGAACUGGGAAGGUGACGGCUUCUUAAAUCCCAGACAAGGCCAAUUCACACACCCUGCAAGGAAUCCUAAGAAUGCAAACAGGCAUCUGAGCAAGCAAAGAGGACGACCUGGGUGGCAUCAGAAUAAUACUGGAGUGUCUCCAAAUCGCUAUCAUAACUAUGGGAAUAAUGGAGGUGCUUGGCAUCAGAAUGCCAGAGGAGGAAUACCAGGAUGGCACCAUGGUGGCAGGGGAAGAAGUUCCAAGUGGAAUUCCGAAGGAGAAAAUACAUUUACUUACUGGCAAGCCAAAAAUUCAGGUGGAAACUGGAAGCCUGGUCGACAAAACGGAAGGGGGUGGAAUUUAGGAAAAAGCAGGGCUCCAAACAAUAGUUCCCAGUUAGAUAGUGUGGAUGCUUCCUGGUUAAAAAGCAAAAGUGCACAGGAUAAAUACAAUAGAGAAAGAUAUGCAUGGCAGUGGCAAGACAGUAGUUCUAUGGUGCCUUAUAUGGGCCUUGCUAAUGAAAAUGACAACAGGGAUUGUGUUUUGGAUUUCACUAGUGAUCAGCUUCCUUCAGAUGGGUUACUAAACUUUGGUGUUUCUGAGCAACCAGAGAGCAAGACCUCCAAAGUCAAUGGAAAGAGCAACAGCCCUUCCCGAGAAAAAACAAAUCGCUGGGCUCCAUAUCCCUCUCUAAAAACGAUAGAACAGCAGCCACUGUGUGAUGAGAACGUAGCUACAACUCCGGAAAAAGCAGAUUCUGGUCAUCUGUCAUGCUCUCCAUCGUCUCCAAAAUGCACAGAUCCUAAAACCAAUAACCCCAAACUGAAAAAAUGGGAAGAGACUUAUUCAGCGUCCCCCAAUUACAAAAUGGCAUCCAACAAACUUGUACCAUGUAAGAAGGCAGUAGACGUAACUAGUGAGAAAAAAUCAGACCAAGCUGAAGGCAAAGGUAACAGGAUGCCAUCUUUGAAGUCCCCACUUCUGGCUAUUCCCGAUAUAAAGCCAUCUUCUCAAAAAAGAAGCCCAAAGAAUCUCUUGAAACAUGUCCAGCUUUUGUUAUCCUCAUCAUCCGGAGAAAGCCAGAGCCAACUAAAUGCACUAAAUUUAGAUGCUAACAAUUCCUCCUCCUUUGGAUCCAAGCUGAGUAAUGAAUGUAAUGGCAAUAACAGUUUAAAAGGCACCACACAUGUGCGUAGCAGCAAUGAAAAUCUAGACGAAGCAUUAAAAAAUGCCAAAGAAGAACUUGAGUAUAGCCAGUCUUUCAAAAACUCUUGCUUGAUACCUUGUAGAGAUACUCAGACUGAUGGGAAUGACAAAUGGAGUACUGAAGGUCCAGCAUUGUCUCUGAAGAUGCAUGAGCCCCAGAAAGAUGGACUGGAGGAUGAGAACUCUGGAGAUGGAACAGGAACCAAAAGUACUCACUCUAAUGCUUUCUCAACUUGUGAUCUUGCUGAACCGGACCAUACGGCAACUAAAAAAGGUGGCUAUCUAUUAGAGUUGAAGAAUACUGGUAACAAAUAUACCAAAUUCCAAAUGGGCUCUCUAUCUCUAUCCAACUUUCAAGAUGACCUAGAAACAGACUUGAAAGCAUCCCUGGAAGAGGAUGGUGACGGAAGCACGACUAAAUCAAAUGAUGCUCCAGAAGAGGAAAGCUAUGCAGUUGAUUCUAAUCACGAGCUGCAGAAAGAUGCAGGAGGGCAGCCCUCUGGCCCUCUUCUUCCCGAACUGAGUAAACUUGGCUUUCCAGCUUCUCUCCAAAGAGACCUAACGUGGCGCACCAACUUGAAGAGCAAAACUGGCUCACAUCUACCUGAGCCCAACCUGAACAGUGCAAGGCGCAUUCGCAAUGUCAGUGGCCACCGGAAGAGCGAAGCUGAGAAAGAAUCAGGGCUCAAGCCUACUUUGCGGCAGAUUAUUAGCGUGUCUCGAAGAAAUGUCAACUGGGAGCAGGUAAUUCAGCAGGUGACAAAGAAGAAGCAAGAACUUGGCAAAGGUUUACCCAGGUUUGUGGUCUUAAUCAGAUUUGAAACUGUAUUGUAAUCAAAGAUCUAUGCAUUUAGCAAAUGUAUAGGCCACCCUUCGGUGCAAAACUUUGCAUUUACCAAAUAAAAAAACCUGUACGUUUCUUGGUUGAGAAGAUGCAUUAGGGACUUAACAGUUUGCUUUAAAGGGGUAUUAUGUGGUUAGGAAAAGGGAUGUAAGAAUAAGAAACAGUUUCACAUUUUUAUUUACAUUUAUAUGCAAGAUUUCCCACAGUAUAGGUUCCUCCCUGCCUAGCUCACCGUUUGCCUUCUGUUAACUGCCACGAAAUCUUGGUUCACAUAUACAAUCUUUGCCUUUAAACCAGCUGAUCAAGGCACAGCUGCAGCGUUCUCAGCCCAGUGAGUCAGAUUUGCUACAGUUGUUCUAGAUUUCCAUCUUUUAAAGAGGAACUGCAGCUGCUGCAGAUAUGUUAGUUAGUUUGUAUUGUAACUAUGUAUUUUUUUAAUUAAAAUUUUCAGUGGAACAAUAACCAAAUCUCUUCCACUUCCACCCUUCUCAGUGAAAGGUGAUCCACUGGUUUAAUGUAGGCAGUCAAUGUAAUUUUGCCAUCACAAUUACGUUUGCCAGAGGUAAACUGCUUUUGCAGUAUCCUCCUAGUUUCCUUCUGUGUUGGAGAAAAUAUCAUUGACCUGUUGUUAUGUUGCUGCUUGCUAUUUGAAAGUGUUAUUUUGGGUUGUGAUUUCCUGAAGAGCUGUCCUGAGAGGUGGAUCUUCAGGAACUCAGUAACCAAAAAGGUAAGACAACUGUGAAUUUCAAAUCUUUGGGCAAUAACACAGCAUCAUUGCUAUUGCAGAGCUAGCCAUACAUGAAACUUAAUUUUUAACAGUUCUGUGUUAGCCUUUAUUUUUGGUAGAGUUUUCACUACUGAGUGUUUCACGAUCACUAUUGUUUUUUAAGGUUUGGCAUUGAGAUGGUUCCUCUCAUCCAGAAUGAACAAGAGGAACUUGAGUUGGAUGAAGAAGGUGACCUGACCAGCCUUGAAGGUUUCCACUGGGAAGGGAUAUCCCUAGGCUCCCCUGGGACUGUUAGGAAACGUAGUCUCUCCGAAAGCAGUGUGGCUGUAGAUAAGACCACCUCCGUUUAUAGUUUUUUCAGCAGUCAAGGCCCAAGCAAAGAAAAUGAACAAAUGAGCUCGGUUGCCAACACUGAGGAUGUAACAUACGGCUCCCAGAUGCUUGCAGUUGCUGUGGCUGGUGUGAAACAAGAGUCUUCUUCCCUUCCUUCCUCACCGUACAUGUCUGACAGGACUGAUUCCAGGGGAAGGAGGCUCAGCCUACAGUCUCCCCCUAAUGUUAACAGACUCACAGCGUUUAGUGCAGGACAAAGCCCAAGAAGCCCUGACUACAGGGCCCAGGCCUUUGAAACUCAAGACAUGCUGGAGAGUCCAGGGGAAAGGUUCUGUAUGGCUUCAGCCCUCGCAGCAUUCAGCACUCUAGAUGCCGCUACAGACAGCAGCUACACAUCGGGCAACGAGCAGAAUGACAGCCAGGGAAUUGGCAAAAAAAGAAGAGCGACCGGAGUAAGUGGUCCAAAUACUCAUGGAAUCCAUUGUGCAUUUAAAACCUUGUGACAGAAUCUGAAAACGGCCAUGGGUGUAAGAAUACCCGGACACAUCCUCUCUUAUAUCAAAUGCCUUAUUUCCACUAGCACCAAGGACUUCCACUAGCACCACAGAACUUCCCCUCCCUCUCCUCUUCCUUGUAUGUCCCCUAAAUAUUUUCUGAACCCUCGAGAGCAGAUUUGGGGAUGGCAUGUGAAGUUUCAUUAUGCAAAUCGUAACCCUUGCACUAGCUGAACUACAUUGUUAGAUUCCGCCGAUUACAAUUGGUCAUGGCAGCUUCUUUGGUCCAUAGCAGAAAUGAGAAACUGAGGGGCCAUAUGCGGCCUUCAUCUGGCCCCUAGAACUCUCCCAAGGCCACACCCCUCAUUGGCUUCACACCUUCCUUGAGCAAUUAUGCCAGGCUAGAAUAUGUUCACUUAAUGCCUGUUAAGUGGAUGUAUGAUCAAGAGGACUGAGGAAUUCAGUUACUAUUCAAAAACAAAAUUGACACCUCAAUGGAAAUGCAUAGAAUCAUAGAAUCUUACGGAGUUGAAAGGGACCCCAAGGGUCAUCUAGUCCAACCCCUUGCAAUGCAAGAAUAUACUGCAUGUUUAUUUCGCUUUAGGUUCUGCGGGGCCUAACUUAAAUUGUGUCUUAACUUGUCCCUUUGAUUUCACUGGAGCCAAAGUCCAACUUAUAGGUUGAAUCCAACCAAUGAUGUCUCCUGUGUGUUCAAACACUUCUGCCUCAAAUAGGCUUGGUACACAAUUUGUGUCUUGGAAUAUCUACAAAAUUGUGUUAUGUGCUAGUUUAGCUAACAAAAAUAUAUAUUUAAUUUGCAGGAGGGAUCCUCUCCUGAAAUUCCAAGCCUAGAAAGAAAGAAUAAAAGAAGAAAGAUUAAAGGCAAAAAAGGUGGGUCACAGUGAUAAAUUAGUAGGCACUGCAUUAUUUUUCCCCAGUCUAUAUGUUUGAGGAGGCCAGUCAAAUGUGUAAUGAUAAAGUGGGCAAAGGAUGUGGGAGAUAACAUCCAAAUGUCAGAAUGGGAAAAUUUUUGGAAAAAUGAUUUGAAAUUUACAGCUUGUACAUUGAUAAAAGAAAAUUAAAUGAAAAUGAUGUCUAGGUGGUAUUUAACACCAGUUAAAUUAGCACAAAUGUACAAAUCAAGAGGGAAAAAAUGCUAGAAAUGUAAAGAAGUAGAACGUAUGUUUUAUCAUAUGCGGUGGCAAUGAAAAGUAAUAAAAAACUUUUGGGAAAUGAUACAUAAUGAAUUGAAAAAACUAUUUAAAAUAACUUUUGUUUAAAAGCAUGAAGCCUUUUUGUUAGGAAUUAUAGGAAAGGAGAUACCAAAUAAUAAUAAUAAUAAAAUCUCAUUAUGUAUGCGAUGACAGCUGCAUGAGUAUUGAUAGCCCAAUGCUAGAAAUAGGAAAGGAUGCCCACAAAAAAAGAUUUGCAAAUUAAGUUAAUGGAAUAUGUGGAACUGGCUAAAUUAACAGAGAAACUCAGAAAUCAGGAUAAUAACAAAUUUAAAAAUGAAUGGGAAGUUUCUAUUAUAUGUAUAUCAAAGCAUUGUAAUACAAGUUGAUACAUCAGCAGGAUUCUAAGAAACAUAUGCAUUAUUAUGAUAAAAGAAAGAAUUAGAUAUAAUUAGAUGGACAAUAUAACUUGGACAUGCAUAAAGUAAUCAUGCAGUAAUGGAACCAUGGGAGGGGGUAGAGGAAAGUCAGGAGACUGGAGAAAUCCCACUUUUGGAUAUUUUAUUGAAUGUAUAAACAGCAUUAUGAAGUUUUUAUUACUUUCUUUUUAAAACUUUUUCUUAUUAAUGUUUAUCUAUAUGUGAUGUUUGUUACAGUUAAAAUUAAUAAAAACAUUGUAAAGUAAAAUAAAACAAAUGUUUUAGGAGGCCCACCAAACAAAUUCUGAUUAUUUUUGUUCUCCUCCCUUGAAGCCAAACUCUGUUGCAUAGGUUUCCCAUGAGUGGUGCCUUCCUUGGGUUGAUAAAGGAAGACUGACCAUUACUUGUGGACUAUGCCAAGCUCAUAGGGACGCGGGUGGCGCUGUGGGUAAAACCUCAGCGCCUAGGACUUGCCGAUCGCAUGGUCGGCGGUUCGAAUCCCUGCGGCGGGGUGCGCUCCCGUUACUCGGUCCCAGCGCCUGCCAACCUAGCAGUUCGAAAGCACCCUCGGGUGCAAGUAGAUAAAUAGGGACCGCUUACUAGCGGGAAGGUAAACGGCGUUCCGUGUGCUGCGCUGGCUCGCCAGAUGCAGCUUGUCACGCUGGCCACGUGACCCGGAAGUGUCUGCGGACAGCGCUGGCUCCCGGCCUCUAGAGUGAGAUGAGCGCACAACCCUAGAGUCUGUCAAGACUGGCCCGUACGGGCAGGGGUACCUUUACCUUUACCUAUGCCAAGCUCAUCAAACAGAAGUACAAAUUUAAUACUGUGCUUGAUACCUCAUCUCUUCCAAUCUCCUUUCACUAGGAAGCAACGUGGCAACUUACUCUAAUGAACUGCGUCUCAGAAAGCUGACAUUUGCCAAAUACCUUCUGAAUGUCCUAAAAGUGGCAGCAGGCUGUAUCAUAUCUUGAAACUUACUUUCUCUUGCAGAGCGUUCGCAGGUAGACCAGUUGUUGUCUAUUUCUCUGAGGGAAGAAGAAUUGAGUAAGUCCUUGCACUGUGUGGAUGGGAGCCUUGUGCCAGCUCGAGCUGCUCUGCAGGCAGCUUAUAUUGAAGUCCAGCGACUGCUUGUACUGAAACAGCAGGUACUUUGACGUUUCGAAGGCCAUCAGCUGUAACUCUGAAGAUUUCAGAAGGAUGUCUUCUGAUAGACCUGACUGAAUCUCUCUUGUCUCCUAGAUAUCGGUGGAAAUGGGCACUUUGAGAAGCCAAAGAAUUCAGAUCCUGCAGGGAUUGCAAGGUACCUUGCAUUGCUUUGGGAGUCCAUUUUUAUUAAAGUUACUCAGGUGCCCAGUAGUAAUGCAGAACCAUGAUGAUAAUCUGAGACCACCUCUUGGCAGUUCAGGCAGAGAGGCUUGUGAGCAGCUGGGUCCAUGGAAUAUAGCAGCAGAAACUGUCCCAAGUGUCUAUAGUAAGAACGUAUUUUCUCUUGUAGUUUGGUUCCUUGAAUUAUUCAAGACUCUAAAACUCCGCCAUAAUGAGUCUCUCCAAAUAGUAGUUAAAGGAAAAACAAAGGAAAAGAGGAUUUGGUGAAUGUUGUAAUGCAGGGGUGGAUCUGCAGAUGUUGUUGGACUACACAUCCCAUCAGUCUCAGCCAGUGUGAUCAAUGGUCAGGGAUGAUGAAAGUUGUAGUCAUCCUCUGGAGAUCCUCAGGUCCCUGCUGUAGCAUUUACUCAAGACACGGGUAUGUAAGGUCCCUGAGUGCUUUGAAAUCUCUGAGGUACUGACAGUGAAGGAAAAUAGAUAGUGGAAUAAGAGGCAGCUCACUGAUCAUAGAGUAUCAGUUAACACAAGAGUGGAUGAAGAGGUUAGGAGAGCAGCCCCUAUUUUUUCUGUCAACAGCCCACUGUGUGAAGCCAUUGUUUAUUGUUGGAUUACAAACCAUGACUUGUUUCACCUAUGGUUUGGCAUUAUGCCUGAACUCAGCAGUCAUGCUUAACCAUAGUUCAUUGGGCCACCUUAUCCUAUAUGCUCACCGAGUUACAAAGACAAGAGCAGUGGGAAAACAAACCAAGCUUUGAAGAAAUGAGCCAUAGGGGUUUUUUUGUUUAUCUAUAGGACUGUUUGUGGCUUGUUGAGCAGACCAUGGUUAAAAUGAAACCUGGAUUACUGUUAUAUGUGAACUUGGAUUUGGGGAAAUUCAGGGCAGAGCUUGUCCCUCAUAAGCCUUGUUUGCUUAAGAGAUUUUAAUGUGAAAUGCAUCCAUGUUGUCUCCUUAGAAACCUAUGAACCUUCUGAACAGCUGCAGCAACUUCAACCCAGUGGCUCAAAUGAAAAAAGAAACAACAAACUUCAGCCAACACAGGAUCUAAUUGCUAAUCCAGGUGGUCUUGUUCCUCUUUUGGAAUCUGCUUCACCUCUCUCUGCCCAGAUACCUGCAGUUCCUUUGGCAGCUCCUGUCCUUGCAAGCACCCCACCUACAUUCCAAACCACUGGUGGCAUUGGAGCCAUCACAAUCCCAGAUUCAUCUGUUCAAAUCAAGCAAGAACCUGCAUCUCCAAAGCCUAGAGAGGAGAGCAUGAAUAUUCCUGAACAGAGGUUUCCAUGUUCUUCACAGGGAGAGGCUCUGUUUCAGAAUGGUAUGUUGUCUUCUGCAGGUGAUAAUUUUGUCUAUUAAUAUUGUUUGUUCGUUUGUUUAAUUUCUAUACCGCCCUCCAUCCAAGGAUCACAGGGCAGUUUGCAAUGGAAAAACACAAAAUACCUAACAUAGUAACAAACAAAACCAAUGCCCACUCAUAGUAGUAUUUAUUAUUAUCUAUGUGUGUGCCCCAGAGUUUCCCAGUCAGCCCAGAGACAUGCCAGUUGUGCACAAAACUCUGAGCAUGUGGUCUGUCAAGAGGACUAUUGGCUUCUCAUCUCCAAAGUAUGCUUCUUACUUGCAUCCUUGGAACAAAACAAUUCAGGGAUGGGGAAUUGUGGCACUCUCACAUGACCAAUGAUCAGGGAUGAUGGUCAACAGCAUCUGGGAGGCUGCAGGUUCCUCAUCCCUGGUGUAGGUUAGAGAGCAAGACCUUGCAAGUUCUCAUGGAAAGAGGUUGGAACCCAAAGUCUUUCUGGUUGCAAUCCAGUGUUUGACGCUAAAUUACACGAGCUAUCAAGGUGUUUAUAUGGAGGCGACCAUGUUGAUUAAUAGUUUGUACAUCUGGGAUGCUCUGUAAGUUACCACUUAAAGCCACAUAUGACUAAGGCUGGGAUUCACAAAUGCCUAAUUGGCCAUGUCAAAGUGAAAAGGGCUAUUUUAUCUUCUUCAGGGAAUACGAGCCAACAACCUUUGCUGUACCCAGUUAUCUCUGCUACCAUGUCUUUGUCUGCACUUAUUGAUUUCCAAGAGUCUAAUCAAGAUAUGCAGAAACCUGUUCCAGAUAAGGGAAGGGCCAGGUCUUCCCCCAGCUAUUCACCAUCGCUCUUGGCAGAGAAGGCAGAAGAAAACAAAAUCCCACCAGACAACACAGUUGUAGAACAGUGCAGUAGCUCCUUUCAGAGCCCAACCUUUCCCCCUGAACUGCCUGCGGAUGAAGAUCCCAGACAGGCAACGGAGCAGAUGGCGGUUUCUGCACUGGUCUCCGUUGAGAGCAAAAUGAGCAAGAAAAAGAAGAAGUUGAAGAAGAAGAAAGCACUGCGAGCAGCCCAUGUCCCUGAGAACAGCGAUACAGAGCAGGAUGUAAGUGACAUGAAGCCUUUAAGGAAAGUCAAGAUGGUAAAGGGGACCAGAGGGGGCAAAGUUACAACAUCCACCCCUCCAAAGCAAGAGGAUGCAGAGGCUGCUCAGGAAGGAAAGCGGAAGAAAGACGAGAAUGAGAGUGACACGUCUCUGGAAUUUGUGGAAGUCCCCAAAUCUCCUCUGGAAGUGGUUGCCAUCAGUUCAUCAGAAUCGGGGGAUGAAAAACCAGACAGCCCUUCUAAGAGGGAUGCGCUGAGUUCCUCAGAGCAGCUUCUGAGAGAGGCGUCUCGGUCUGGCUACGAUGAAGUGAGCUCUACCAGUGAGAUUGGAACAAACUACAAGGAUGGCAUUGGCAGAAGGUAAGCUGGAAAACAGGUGUUAUAUCCAGGGAAGUCGUCCCAUUUGUGCAAGGACUUACACUUAUGCAACAGAACUUCUUCUCCCUCACCCCAUGCCCCUGAAUUUGUUCUGAGGGCCUCUACAACCCUCUAGAGGCAAGGGGGGGGGGAGAGGAGAAGAAGCAAUGGGAAGUUCCAUAGUACAAGCAGAAUUCCUUGCACGAACACGGUGACUUUGUUGGACACAACUCUCUGUGUGUACAUUGAUUGUGUAUCCAUGAGCUACUGUGUUUUUAAAAAAUCUGUUUAUGAUGUACUCUUAGUGAUGUUAUAGUCUCUCUAUUUUGAGUUUGUUUAUUGCCUCAGGAACCUUUGGACAGAGAAGUGUUUUAUAAAUACCAUAAAAGAGAUUGCAGGAAAUUUUCCAUACCGAAGUACAUUUAAAUAAUUGAAAAAUAAUUAUUGGAGAAUGGAAACUUAGUGUCACAGAGUGCUUUGUGACUGCUGCUUCAUUGUCCUGGUGAUAGCUAUGUUUCUUUUCCCUAUACACAUUUUCCAUACAAGGCCUUGUAGCCAAGCAUUUUAAAUUAAAGUCCUUUGUGUUAGCAUUCUGUAAUAGCCGUGGCAUUCUCUAUCUUCUGUAGUGUGGCUGAGACUCAAACGUCCAUAUCUUCAAUAAGAGGAUCAAAAAACUCAUCAGGUAUAUAUAUAUUUUCUAAUGGAAAAAUAAGCACAUGGGCUUUGUGGGGAGGUGGGAGAGAGUUGAGCAGCUCUUUGCAAUAUGGAGUGCUAUAGCAUCAUCUGUGUUCCCAAACAUGACUCCAAACCCAGAAAGCUUGCUUAAAAGCACACAACAACAAAUACUAAUACUCUGCUUCAGUCAGUAUGGCCAGUGGUUGCAGAAAAUGGGAGCUGUAGUCAAGCAGGCACCUCCACUGUAUACUUUCUGGUGCCUGCUAAAAACAUGCUUGUUUAAUCAGUUUCUCAGAAACAGGAACUGUUCACCACAGUGCCUCCAUCUUGCCAAGAGUCAAGCUCAGCUUAUUCCUAAUGUGUUCUUAAGCCAAAGACUUGUUUAGAUAUACUUAUGAGGUAGCUCAUUUCAUAUUGUGAUUUCCUCACCCACCCUAGCUUACACCUUGACUCCUUUUCUUAUUCCUUCAGUCAAGGAGCUUUUGACCAUUACAAUAUGUUGGGUUUAUUGGGGUUUAUUAUUAUUCUAUUGCUGUUUGGUUGGUUGGUUGGUUUUGCUAUAGUCAGAUACCGUUCAUUGGUUCAGCACCUGGUAGUUUUGAGUGGAUGUUUUCUUUCUUUCCUCUUUCAGUUUUCUUUUACCAUGGUGUCAUGAGCAGUAUGUUUAGUUAACGGAAGGCUUUGACAAUUGCAUUUGACAGAAGUCUCCUCAGAGCCAGGCGAAGAGGAAGAACCUACGGAAGGGGCCUUUGAGGGUCAUUCAGCUUCAGUGAAUGCGAUUCAGAUUUUUGGGAAUUUGUUGUACACCUGCUCAGCAGACAAAACCAUCCACGCAUAUAACUUGGUGGUAAGUAGACUGUAUAAGAGGCUGGCUGUGGAAUGUCUCGCUGCCUUCUGAGUUUGCAGUCGCUUCCCCCCACCCCAUAAGUUCUAUUGAAGCAACAGUCAGCCACUCAAACUAUUGAGAAAUGAGCAUAGCUCAGAUCGGAUAAAUACAACUAAAGCAGAGCAAAAUGGCAUCAAGAUUUGAGAUGGGGGAAGGAGUCUGUGAGAAGUGUGUUUUAGCAAUGAAUAGUAAAAGGUAAAGGGACCCCUGACCAUUAGGUCCAUUCGUAACCGACUCUGGGGUUGCGGCACUCAUCUCGCUUUAUUGGCCGAGGGAGCCGGCGUACAGCUUCCGGGUCAUGUGGCCAGCAUGACUAAGCCGCUUCUGGAGAACCAGAGCAGCGCACAGAAAUGCCGUUUACCUUCCCGCUGGAGCGGUACCUAUUUAUCUACUUGUACUUUGACAUGCUUUCGAACUGCUAGGUUGGCAGGAGCAGGGACCGAGCAAUGGGAGCUCACCCCGUUAUGGAGAUUCGAACCACUGACCUUCUGAUCAGCAAGUCCUAGGCUCUGUGGUUUAACCCACAGCGCUACCUGUGUCCCAACAUUUCCUUUUAGCAAAUUUUGUGAUACCUAGCUUCCUCCUUGGGAAAGGGAAUUUUUGCCAGUGAGUUAAGAUCCAAAACUGUUAAUGUGGUGCAACAAAAUAUAUGGACUCUUCUUCCUAUAAGUAACAUAGUGACAGAGCAUUUAGAAGGGAAUGUCCUGUCUGAAAUUCUGGAGGGCUGCUGUCAGUCAUUGCAGACAGUAUUGAGCUGGAUGGACCAAUGAUCUGUUGCAGCAAACAGCAGCUUCAUGGGGUUAGUCCACUAGGUCAGUAAGUUGAGCCUGACAAAAGGGCUGAACACUGAAUUUCGUUUUCCAUGUUAACUUCCUUAAUAUGGAGAUAGGGAGAUGGCUGAAGCAAUGACAUUCAUCUUUCAUAAAGUGCAAGAAUAAAAAGCAGUCUGAGAUGUGUAUCUCUCGGACCAGCCUCUGAUAAGCUACGCAGUUAACAGGCUUGUGCUUGAAUGGCUGCAUGUUACAAAUACCUGCGUUUUUGAGAAUACAAACCAGGGAAGUUCAACUUGGAGGUCUGUGUGCACGGCUGUCUUUUCAUGAGUCUAAAUGCACAUUAGCAGGAAAUAGGUGAUUGGUUUGGAAGCCACUGUGGUUGGGUGGUACCUUAGUUUGCUAUCUUAGGGCCCCACCCCUUGCCUCCUUCCACCUGGCGUGGGGCAGGGCUUCACAGGCUUCACACUGUGGCUGCUGCUCAGCAGAGAGGGCUCCUCUUUUAAAUUGUUUUUAAGGCUCCCCUUUAUCACAUACACAGCCCAACAGGACAAUGACAAUAAUCCACCAACAGCAUACAAAUCAAUAUGGCUAACCUGAUCCAAAACACCCACCCACCUCACUCACACACAAAAACAAAGAUCACCACAGCCAAUCACAAGCAAACAAUCACACCCUAGGCCAACCCCAACCUCUCUCACCACCAAAGGAACACAAGUGAACAACACAAGCAACGCUGACACCAAACUCUACAUACAUUAAACAUAAUAGAAACACCGCCACCCGACCCCACCCCCAUCCAUCUUCCCUCUCUCCACCCCCCUUUCUUUUUUUCUUUUUUUCUUCUCCCCCUAAUGCCUCAACAAAUGAAAUGGAUUUGUAAAAAUGUUACAUGGAAAGAAAAAAAUAUGAGGCACUACACUUCUGUAAAACAAGAAAAUCCUUAAUAAAAUAUUUUAAAAAAUAAAAAUUGUUAUCUGUGCUGUUUUAAAUGAGACCAUCUUGGCUGUGAGCCCUGGAAGACCUGCACCCUGCCUUGCUGGCCCUUUCCCAUCUGGGCCGGGAGAGUGGAGUGCUGACUGACUCCAGCUACAAAAGCUGAGGCUGUUGAACAGAUUCUUGGGCUGGAGUAUUGUUUACGGGGAGUUGAGAGAGCUUCUUGCUGUUACUGAUAUUAUUGUUGUAUCUUUAGUUUUAGACCUUAUGAUUUAUGUGGAAAUGGUUUCCAUUAGGUUGUGUGCUUUUUGAUGUGCUUUAUUUAUUGUUUAUGACUUCUGUUAUGUUUGUAAUUAUGUAAUUCUUGUCAUGUUGUCAGCCGCCUUGAGCAUAGUUUCAACUGUGGAAAGGCGGCAUACAAAUAAAAUGAUGAUAAUGAUGAUGAUUUGAGUAAUUAAAGCUUGUAACUCUCUGCCUCUCACAGAGCAGGAAGUGUGUUGGUGUCUUUGAAGGGCACACCUCAAAAGUGAACUGCAUCCUGGUGACUCAGACAACAGGAAAGAAUGCAGUGCUCUAUUCGGGCUCCAGUGACCACAAUAUAAAUUGUUACAACAUCAAAGUAAGUGUUCACUCAAGCCAAUUAUAUCUUAGGAGGGGGUUACAGAUGUGACGACAACUUAAAAGAAGACUGAAAUGUGCAUGUUUUAGUGAACCAGAUUAUAUAGAAUUCCACAUAAAAAGGGAAUCUUUGUGCAAUUAAGUCCACAUUUUAGGUUUUUACUUCAUCCACUGAUUACCAGAGGGCCGUUUGGAGUGAGGGCCUGUAGCCUUGUGUCAUACGAGCCAAAGGCUUGUUUCCUUGCUUCCAAACUGGAAGAGCCUCUCAUAACUAAAAUGAUUUGUAAAUAAAGCUAGUUUCUCAGUUUCUUCUUUAGGUUCACUUAUUGAAAGAUGAUGGUGAAAAUAUCAGUUGUAUACUAACAGUUGUUUUCCUCCUACCAGACUAGGGAACUUGUGGAUCAAAUUAAAUUGGAUGAUCGUAUACUCUGUCUGCACAGUAGAUGGAGAAUUCUUUAUGCCGGACUUGCUAAUGGCAGCGUGGCCACUUUCAAUAUAAAGGUCGGUACGAGAGGGGUAUAUUCCAUUAGAACCUGCGCCGAUGUUGAGUUAUUUGCACUCAUAAAUAGCUGCUCGCACUGCUGUCCAGUCACAUGAGCAGUGCUAGAUUUGGGGACUUUGCAAAGAUUUCAGGGGUUCCUUAAGCUGAAUCUUGCAGUCAUAGAAGGAGCUGAUAGUAUCUUCUGUGAUUCUCCACUUCAUACUCUAAUUGAAAUAUACUACACGGAAGUGGAAGGUAUUUCAGAAUGUGUGUAAUCUGUACCUGCUCUCGGGUGCAAUUAGCUUUGGUGGUUUUCCCUCAGCACAAAUGCACACGUAUGUCAGGACAAACAUUUACCACGUUCUUUUGUAUAUGCAAAACUAGAAAUUUUAUUUUAUGGUAAUAUUUUGGUAAUAGUCAUAUUUGUAGCAUUUGGAUACAGUGCUAUUAUUAUUAUUAUCAUCAUCAUCAUUAUUAUUAUUUACAUUUAUAUUCUCCCUUACCUCCAAGGAGCUCAUAGUUCUCCCUUUUCUCCAUUUUAUCUUCAUGACAUCCCUGUGAAGUAGGUUAGCCUGAGAAACUGGCUGUCUCAAGGUCAUCCAGUGAACUUCAUAGUUGAGUACGGAUUUGAACCCUUGUCUCCCGGGUCAUAGUCCAACACUCUAACCACUACACCACACUGGUUCACAAUGCUGGACCAUGAUCUAGCACAGGUAUAGCCAUCAUGAUGCUCUCCAGAGGUUCCUGGACUACAGCUACCAUCAUCCCUGACCAUGGGCCAUGCUAGCUGGCGCUAAUGGGAGCUGGAGUCCCAACAUCAUUUGGAGAGCAUCAAGUCCGCUAUCCCUGGUCUAGUGCUACAUGAAUGAGCCUAGCCUCCCAGGCUCAUGUGAACAUCCUCCUCCUGUGGACUUUUGGAGAACUGCCAAAAGCUUUUGCUUUUCCAUAUGCUUACCUUCAGUUUGUCAUUUAAUCUGAACUGGGUACUGGGUAUUGUGCAUAUGCACUAACUAUGGCUAAUUUCAUAUUGGUGUUAAAGUAUUAUCCCUUGUUUAGGUAACAGAAAAAAAUGGCUAAGGGAAUGCAAAAGCUUCUGAACUCCUUCUCUUUGGCCAGGGGUGGGUGGAGGUGUCACAAGCCCAGGAAGUGGCUAAGUUCAUUCAUUUAGCACUAAACCAUGGCAUUGUUUGGCUUCGAAGAAAACCAGUCCUUAAGAUCUGGCCUGUGUGUAAAUUUCACUGGCUUCAUAUAUUUUCCUUGCACCAUAUUUCUGAAACUGAUUUCUGAAAGUCAUUUUACAGAGAAGCAUUUUAUUCUGAAACAUUUAAAAAUAAUUAUAUAAGCAGCCUUAGCAACAUAAUUAAGAAACAGUACUCGUGGUAAGCUGAAUAGGGCAACUAGGGUUUUGAGUACAACUUGUUGCAACUUGACUUCUGUGGCUGCAAAAGUAAAGCAGAAACCAAGCAUACAUGCAAAACAAGCUGUGGAAAGAGUCCAUAGAUUCUCUGACAGUCCAGUCCUGUACCUAGAAUUCAGUCACAUUAAGUUCUGUGGGACAUACUCCAAGGUCAGUGGGUAGGACUGACAGCUAAGAAAAUUCUGUUUCUUAGCUAAAUCCACCCCAUAAAAGCAUACAGAGAAUUCAAAGCAAAUAAGGCAUCAGAGACUUCAGAGCAAAACCACUAUCCUUAAUCUUUUUCUUUUUUUUAAAGGAAAUUUGAGGAGGUAUGGCAUUUCCAGUGUGUUCUCUGGAUAGUUCUGUCUUAGUAUGUAGUUGGAUUAGUAAGGAAACAUUGACUGUGUUCCUACUGUGUGUGUAUGUGUGGUGUGUGCUUUCUUUUCCAGAAUAACAAACUGCUUGAUAACUUUGAGUGCCAUGCUCCUAGGGCAAUCAGUUGUCUUGCCACAGCUCAGGAAGGAGCACGGAGGUUGCUGAUUGUGGGAUCCUACGAUUGUACAAUCAGUGUGCGAGAUGCCCGGAAUGGUUUGUUGCUUCGAACCCUUGAAGGUCAUAGCAAAACGGUGCUCUGUAUGAAGGCAAGUAACUUGUAAGGAACACUCUGUGUGGGCAGACUUCUCUUGCAAGUUCUCUGCUUCUUGGCAGCAGUUCAAAGCUUGUAGAAGAACCUCCCUACCUUCCAGUUGUUUAUAAUUAGGAAUAUAGCAUGUGAUUUACCACUGAGAUAUGGGCCUCUCAUGAUUGCCAUCACUCAUUCAACAUUUCCAGAGAGCUCUUGCUUUGCUCAACCUGCUCCAUCUCAGUUGGGAUGUCUCGGGAAUCUUUUUUCAUGUCUCCACAUCUCUCUCUCUCUGUGUGUGUGUCUCUCCAUUGUCCUUGGGUGAUUUCAUCAAAUUCCACUGUUUUUGGUAUCACUGGUAAGGUGCUGAAACCCAGUUCUACCUCUAUACUCCAUAAUCCACAACAGACUAUCCAAUAUUUCUGCAUAGAUGCAAGUUUGCCAUCCCCCAAUACCCCUCACCUUUCCUUCUAAGCCUUCCUCACCUUGGAUAAGCUCAGUGUCCAUUGACAAACAUCACCAUCCACCCUUUUGCUCAGGCACAAAGCCUUGGGGUAGGCUACUUCAUUUGGCCAUCAUAUUCAGUCUCUUGCCAUGCUGUGUAGCUGUCCGGUACAACAUUGCAAAAAUACAGUCCUUCCUCUUUGCCUGCUAUGUGAAAACGCCACAGUUUCCUUCAGCCUUGACUUGCACCAUUUACCUUGCUGGCCUUCUGUUGUUUGAUUGUGCUGUAUAAAGUGGUGAUGAUAGUGACCAUCUCUGAGUGUCAGAGUGAAUAUUAUGCUCUCCUUUUUCGUGGCAGCCUUUGAAAGUUGUUGAUAAUUGCUUUUAGUUAUAAAUAAUGAUGCAACAAAGAGUAAUAUUUAGAAUAUACUGGACGCCAUUACGUUUGUUUAAAAAAGAGCUAUCUGAGGUAUCUAACUGUUGGAGAUGCAGUAGGGAUAAUGCUUCUCUAAAACAUACCGUAUUUUUUGCUCUAUAAGACUCACUUUUUCCCUCCUAAAAAGUAAGGGGAAAUGUGUGUGCGUCUUAUGGAGUGAAUGCAGGCUGCGCAGCUAUCCCAGAAGCCAGAACAGCAAGAAGGAUUGCUGCUUUCACUGCACAGCGAUCCCUCUUGCUGUUCUGGCUUCUGAGAUUCAGAAUAUUUUUUUUCUUGUUUUCCUCCUCCAAAAACUAGGUGCGUCUUGUGGUCUGGUGCGUCUUAUAGAGCGAAAAAUACGGUAUGUUUUUUCAUUGUCCUGUAAUGAAAGAUUUUUGUCACACGUUAACUGAAAUUAUCAACAGAACUGUACAGAACAACAUUACAUUUACAGGGCAAGAUAUCCUUUUGAAUUAUAUACCCAGCAUGUGGAACCUUACAAAAGGGCAAUAUAAGUAGACUCUUUGUGCCCUUACCGCAGCAAAAAGACUGAUACUGAUGAAUUGGAAAAAUAAAAAUGCAGCUCCCUUCUACGAUUGGAUUGAAGACUUCUACAAACUUGUGACAUAUGAACAACUUGCAUAUAAACACAGAUUUGCCAUGGACAAAUUCAGUGAUAUUUGGAAUCCAUUCUUACAAAUACUGUAAUAGGUUAAGAUCUGGUGAAGUACAAUAACAACUUUGUAAAGUAAAAAGCAAAUCAUAACAAAAAAAUACCACAAGGUUAAAUAAUAUAGAUAGAUAGAUAGAUAGAUAGAUAGAUAACCCUGAUAAGGAGCUGAAACGGAAAUGCAGUAAUUUGUCAAAAGGCUCCCCACUGAAUCCUUGGCUGAUUUGGGAUUUGAACCCAAUUCAACUCACCCCCAACUGGUCCUCUGUCAGCCUUUCUAAUGCAUUUUUCAAUGUGACAUAUUGAAUUGGAUUGUCACAGUAGCCCUUAAUUGUGAAAGAGAGAGUGGGUGAAAGAAAGCCAUUAUCUGUUGUGGAUAAUCUGUCUGUCUGGUUGUCUCUUCAAAGGUUGUGAAUGAUCUGGUCUUCAGUGGUUCCAGUGACCAGUCUGUCCAUGCCCACAAUAUACAUGUAAGUUGCUUAUAUGGCUAAAAUUGAAAAUGUUGUAACGCUACUUUAAUGAAACCAAAUUCUUAACCACUUCUGCAGAUUUCCUAAAGGGAUAUGUAGCUGUCUUACAGUGCAAUCCUAACCAUGUCUACUUAAAAGUAAAGUCCCGUUGAGACUAAUUUCCAGAGGAUUGCAGCCUAGGGGUAUCUUCUCCCGCUAAAUUUUGUACUGGAAUACAAGACACAUGCAAAGUAUGUCAAUUGAAAAGGGUGUACAAAAAGCCAUGGUUUAAGACAUUGUUCUAAACUUAAGGGAAGCAGAGUUUUUUACAACCAGCAGUGUAUGUGCUGUGUAUUUUGUGCAAAGUUAUAUGAGAACCCACCUUAGUAGGAUAGUAAAAUAAAGGCUUGAUAAUCAUAUCUUGAUCUCUGCUAGGGAGAUGCUAUAACCCCUGAUAUUGUUUGGCAAACCCCUGCUGUAUUUUAAUGAGUUGUUGAAGGUUUUUUUUUUUUUAGUUUUUGAUGAGUUUUAAUUGUUGAUUUAUUUUGUUGUUUGUCUUCUUUUGUGCAUCACCCUGGGCUCUAUUGAGGAAGGCAUGUUUUGUAAAAAUAAAAAAAUAAAGCUGCAAUUGUAAGCUUACUUAUCUGGGCGUAAGCCUGUAGAAUUAAUUAGGAGUUACUUCUGAAAAGAAAUGAUUUGUAUUGUGAUGGAAAUAAUGCAAUAAAUCUACAUGCUGACCACUUGCAUAUCCACUUAUUUAGUACGGAUUAUCUUGUUGCAGACUGGAGAGCUGGUGCGGAUUUAUAAAGGACACAACCAUGCAGUGACAGUUGUGAACAUCCUGGGUAAAGUGAUGUUAACAGCUUGCCUGGACAAAUGUGUUCGUGUUUAUGAGCUACAGGUAAAAAAAAGAAGAUAUCUAUUCUAAUUUCUAUUGUUUGUAGUGACAUACCACUGCUGGCAGCAGGUGGGGAGUGAUGCCCUUUGCUUUUGCUGAAACCUCUUCCUCUCCUAGUGGAAUCCAGCACAACAGGACUUUCCCCUCUCUCCUGCCCCCCUGCCCUCUCCAGAUCUGCUCCAGAGAGUCAGGAGAACUUCGAGAACAGCACACGGGAGGAGGAGAGGGGAAAUAAUUCUGUUGGGUAGGCAGAAAUACUGGCCCUGGCGGGACACUCUCCUUAGCGCUUUGUGGAAUAUACCCAGACAGUUUUCGGCUUGGUGAGAUGUAAUUUAGAACGUCCCUUGUAGUUCCAAGCUGGGCUUUUUAGAAGUCCUGCAAAAGUUGUGCAGUUGCUGCGUGGCCUGUUCCUGCCCACUGCAUCCAACCCACUGCAAGUGAGAUUGCAGCACAAUCCUUUGCUAGAUGCAUCUUUAUUCUUAAGUUUGUGUUACAUGUUUGUCAUGCCCUCAAAAGGUUUGUGAGGUUUCCCAGGUGCCUUCCAUUGUUUAAAAAUUUUUCUCGAGGGAAUCUAAUUCAUUCACCCUCAUGUUGCCAGAAGGCAGCAGCAUUUUAUAGAAAGAGUGAGGUACAGUUGUGGGGCAUGGGACACCCCAGGAGCUAGAAGCUUAUAAUGUUCAUGCAUCUUCUCCUUAUAAGCUGCUUUAAAAAAAAAAAAAAUGAAUGCUGAACUCUCAGCUUAUUAAAAUACAACAUUUUUCUUUCUCUUUUCUUGUCCCAAGUCCCAUGAUCGUUUGCAAGUCUACGGAGGACACUCGGAUAUGAUUAUGUGCAUGACCAUUCACAAGAGCAUGGUAACGAAUACCUCAAUUUCCAUAAAAUCAGUGAUUCUCUAGCUGCGGUUGUGGUUAUCCAGGAGUGGCUCCUGCUUCUCAUUUGCUUUGUGGGUGGUACUUUGUAAACUAACUACAUACUUGGUUUGUUCUGGUGGGAGGAGCACUUCAUUCUCCACAGGCCUGGUGCUGCUAUGAAACGAUAGGGCCUUUAAGCACCCACCCCCACCAAAAACCCUCAAAUGUCAGAAGACUUCCCAAGCAGUGCCUCAUGAGACACUUCCACCUGAAAGAAUGCAAGCGUACAUCUGUAGCUUGGGAGCAUACGAAGCUGUCUUGCUUUAUUCCAGGGCAGAUUGUUUGACUAUGUAGCCUGUGUGGUGUAGUGGUUAAGAGCGGUAGACUCGUAAUCCGGGGAACCGGGUUCGCAUCUCCGCUCCUCCACAUGCAGCAGCUGGGUGACCUUGGGCCAGUCACACUUCUCUGAAGUCUCUCAGCCCCACUCACCCCACAGAGUGUUUGUUAUUGGGGAGGAAGGGAAAGGAGAAUGUUAGCCGCUUUGAGACUCCUUCGGGUAGUGAUAAAGUGGGAUAUCAAAUCCAAAGUCUUGUUUGACUUGCAGCAGCACUCUCUGGAUUUUUGAGCAGAGGAAGACAGACAAAGAGUCAUAGGCAAAAGCUGCAGUUCCAUUCUAGCCUUUUUCUUUCGCCUGCAUCUCUUUCUCUGUCUGCCUCCCCUCUGACUUUGUCUCAGCCCAGCCCACCCCACCCCUUCCCCAUUGGUUUUCACACCUGAGGAAACUGGGUUGCUGCUGCAACACCCCAGAGAAGAAGGAAAGCAGUCUUGCUACACAUAAAACUACAAGCUGGAGCUGAGCACAUACAAUUGAAUUUGCACAAGUUAAAUGCACAUGUAAUGUGACUAUACUGUAAAACAGCUGUUGCUUUUUCUUUUUUUUUAUAAUGAUAUUUAUUAAAGUUUCAAAAAAUACGUCAGCUGUUGCUUUUUCAUAACUAUUAAAACGGAAAGCGAUUUAAUAUUGGCCCUUUUUUAUCAUGUGUACAGAUUCUUUGAAAGAAUAACGAAUCCAAAAAAUAAGCGCCUCCCCCCCACUCCGGUUUGUAAACUCCUGCAGAUCAAAUCAGGAAUGUUCAGCUCAGGAUGACAUUAUAAAUUUAUCAGCAUUGAUUGAUGCAUUUAGCAUGUUGGUUUUCCUUGUAUGCUUUAAUUUUGUUACCAUUUAGAUCAAUUUCUCUUUUUCAGAUCUACACUGGCUGCUACGAUGGUACUAUCCAAGCUGUGCGGCUCAACUUGAUGCAGAAUUAUCGCUGUUGGGUAAAGGAUUUUCUUGUUCCCUUUAGACCAUUUAGAAUGGCUUACAUCAUGAGCUAUAUCCAGGCAAAGGGUUAGAUGGGGCAGGGGCACCCAUGGAAACCCCUCCCUUGGGUUUUCCAGAUGCUCUUGAGAGAUUAGCACAAAAGUCUGUGCUAACAAGAGUUUUUAAGUGUGUUCAAUUGAGCCACAUAGAAACUUCUGUGCUAGAUGGAACUCUGCCUUAUCAGGUUAAGAGGGAGAGUUUCCAGGUGCAUUCAGUUGAAUACACAUCUCUCUACAGACAUCUUCACUCGGCGUGCGAAGAUCUCAAGUGCAGCUGACAUGUCCAGGGACAUGGGGGGGCUUGCAUGGGACCCCCUCUUCCAUCUCUUGUUAGCAUUAACCACGCCAAACGUAUUUGUUGGUUCCAAAAUCCAUAUGUAGGGCCAAUCAGUGUUACAGGAUCAAGAACAAGCUUUCGAGCUUUCCAGAACUCUUCAUCAGGCUAGAUCAGGCUUCCUCAACCUUGGCCCUGCAGAUGUUUUGAGACUAUAAUUCCCAGCAUCCCUGACCACUGGUCCUGCUAGCUAGGGAUCAUGGGAGUCGUAGGCCAAAAACAUCUGGAAGGCCAAGGUUGAGGAAGCCUGGGCUAGAUGGUAAACAAAGCAGGGUUUGAGGUGGGAAGUUGCUGGUAGUGAGACUAAGGGUCAUGUGACAAGAUUGCAGACAUUCAGAGGACAAAUCGCACAAAAGGAAAAGGUAGCGUAACAUAGCCUCAUAUGAAUAUCUGCUACUGCCUCUGACAUUCCAGACUCUGGCUACAUCACCAGCCAGUUUUUGAUUCCCACUUCAUAUACCAUCAAGCCCAAUGAAUAAUUAUAGAGAGCUUAAAAGUUGGCACACUAUUUUGUGACAUUUUGGUUGACCUAAUAAAGCUCUUGUCUUUUGGAGCUUUUAUGCUAUUGUCAUUCCAUCUCUCUAAUGUCUGUCUUAAAACCUCUCUCGCCAGUGGCACGGGUGUUCGCUGAUAUUUGGAGUUGUGGACCACCUGAAACAGCAUUUGUUAAAUGACCAUACAAAUCCAAAUUUUCAAACGCUGAAAUGUCGCUGGAAGAAUUGUGAUGCCUUCUUCACUUCUCGGAAAUGUUCCAAGCAGGUACGUAGCAGAAGAAGCUGGAUUAAACCAGUUUGAGAGGGAACAAUUGAGGUGCAAUGGAUACCUGCUGUUUUGUUAUGAUAGAGGAACAAAUAGCAUAUUAAUGUUUUAGCAAAAAUACUUUGGUUGUGCUGGUUGGGGCUGAUGGAAGUUGUAGGGACACCUUGUUGAUGGCUCCUGAUAUAUGGAGAAAGGACAGGGGCCUACACGAAAAGCAAGGUUGGGCCUGAUUUAAGUCUAGAUGCAAAUAGCACAGUUUUAAAUAUAGAUGGAAAAGGAAGAUGAGGUCCUGAUUUUACACUAAGGUCCCCCACUUCUACUGUGUAAUGCAACAUGUACAGUGCUGCCUUAAAACAAAAGUGAACAAAAAAAAGUGCUUAAAUCUUUACAUGGGUAUAGAAGUAUUGUUUGUACCGGUUGGUAGAAAUUUGGUGAAAUCUAUCUCUCUUUCUCUAGGAUGCUGUGGGACAUAUUGAAAAACAUGCAGAAGAAGAUAGCAAGGUUGACUCAUGAAGGUGUUUUGUUUUUUUUUUGCCUCCCACAUUGGGAAGUACCUUUUAUAUACUGGAAGUAUUCCAUGCCUUGUCCACCUCUUGCCCUCUCCUUUUUCCACCUUCAGUUUAUAUUUGGACUGCAAAAAGGACGUGGGCCGUUUUCUUUUCUUUCUUUCUGUGCUACAGAGACAGCAUUUUGCUUGCAACUCUGUAGAGAAGGGAUUGAUGAACAGACUCAGACCAAACAAAUUGUUUUAAUUUGUUAGCAGAAACAAAAAUAAAUAAAUCCUGUUAUCCUAUCAAAGAAGUACAUUGUGCACAUCUAAGCCUUUAUUAGUACUCACGUUGGUGCCUAAAAAACACUGUUGAGCCAUCUAUUUUUAUGUUGUACACAGGAUUGCCCAGGCAUUUUACACUUUUGGCUUUAAACAAUUUAAAUAAAGAAACAACAACUCAGACUAGAAAUACCAACAAAGCAUCCAGCUCUCUAUUUCCUUUCGUUAUAACAUCUUUUGAUGAAAGAUAUUAAUGGGUAAUAUUAGAAGAAAUGGAUUCCUUUUUUAUUUUUGGUUGAUCUUCAGUGGGUUAUCUUGAAUUCCAAAUGCCACAUCUGCGCAGUGAGUUGCCACAGUCUGUAUCUGUUACAAAGAGGUUUGUGAUGAGGUGCAACAUACUGCAUUGCUUAAACAGCAAAAUAGCUGUUUUCUAAACACAUCGGGUCAUAGUUAAUGUUACUCUUACUCUGAAUAGACCUGCUGAAAUCAAUUAAGUAACUUCAGUCCAUUGAUUUCAUUGGGUGUACUCUUAUAACUUAGGGGGUAUCACCGAUUUAAUGGAACUUUUUUGUUAUUUUUAUAUUGAUAAGCACGUUGAUGCAAAAAGACGACUGCAGAUAAUGAUUUCGGCUUUUAAACAUUCAUUAUCUGUAUGUUUACAUCCACUGCUUUCUUACCACAUUAAUGGGACUAUGCCCCUGAUUCUUAAGAGCUUGUUUUGUAAAUGGAUGACCUUGUGGUGUUUUUAAAUUGCUGAGUUUUUGGAGUGUCCACUUCUUUCUGUCCAGCAUCCUAUAUUUCUAAUGCAGCUUUGGGAUGGCCAUCUUCUCCUACUAUAAUCUGGUUUUGUUUCUGAUGACUACAUGAUUGAACGUUACCAUGCAACAGAAAAUGCUGUGGGGUGUAAAAUGCGAAAUUAUGAAGUCCAAGGAGCCCAAGCAGAAGCUGAGAGUAUUUUUUGUGUGUGUGUGUGUUUUGCCACCGUCUAGUGCAUAAUGACGGAAGUAGCAACCUGAGAAACUAAUUCAAUUUUAAAACAGUAGUCACAAUGCAAAGAAAUGAAAGGUGUGCAUGUGCGUUGGAAAGAAAUGUGCAUACGUGCAGUGGUGUUCGGGUUUUUUUGAGGCAGCAGUUCUUAGUUUGGCGCAUAAAGAGUUUCGUUCCUUAAGUCUCAGCCAGUGUUUUUGUUCUCAUCGGCUUCAGUCUUUUUCUGGAUCAUUUCAGAGGAAAACUGGAAUUCUCAAUAACAAUCUAGAGCUGUCUGGCUGUGUAGGUCUUGACUUGUUUCAGUUUUCUUACUUCAGAUUAUGCAUACAUAUUAAAAGAGCAAUGCGUGUUUGAAAUCAGCAUUUUAAAAGUGAAAGUUAAUGCUCCCAUGGGAAAGUGUUCUCAACAGCUUGGUGUAAGACAGGUAUCCCCAACCUUCAGCCCUCCAGAUGUCUUGGACUACAAUUCCCAUGAUCCCUGACCACUGGUCCUGUUAGCUAGGGAUCAUGGGAGUUGUAGGCCAAAACAUCUGGAGGGCCGCAGGUUGGGGGUGCCUGGUGUAAGAUAUAGAACAGGCCUACAGCUGGAGAUUGCAUUUCACCUCGCCAGCUUGCCAAAGGACUUGGAGCUAUUAAGGAGUUUUGGAACACUCUCCAGUAUUCCUACUGCAUUUUAAGCCUUAGCUUUUUGAUGAGUGAAACAGACCAUCAAAGGAAUAUCACCCCCACCCCACCCCAAUACCUACAAAUCUGGCUUCCAUGAUCUUAAGAAAUUGCACUAGCAGAGAAGUGAAACAAGUUCUCCCUUUGAAAUCACCAUGUCUGUCUCAAGAUACAGUGUUCUCCUUCUGCCUUUCGCACAUGUCCAAACUGUCUUCAAACCAGCUUGCUGCUAGGGUUCUGUUGUUGGAAAGGAGAAAACUUUCUAAUGAGUAGUGGUAACCACCUGCAAUCUGUUUGCGGGAGGUUUCUGAGGUUUGUGUGUUGUCUUCUCUUGCACAAUGAGACCAUCAGAACUAAAUAAUAAAGUGAGCAAAUUGUUAGCGCAUUCAGUCCAUAGAUGGGAGCACGUAAGUGUGUGUGUGUUCUAAAAAAGGAUUGUUUUUAUAUCUUCCUUAGUUGAAUGUGAUUGGAAUGAAAUUGCAGAGCCAGGGAGAGUGUAAGAAAAUGAUGUGGAGUGCAGUGUUUGUCUUGAGGAUUAGUCAGUGAAUGGAUUUUAAUUUUGCAUCCUCCUCAAAGGUUCUUCUCUUUACUGGAAGAGGAUGGUAACUUUUUUGGCAAAAACGUAUUCUUAAGUGUGGGUGUGUGUUUUACUAAAUUGUUGCAAGUGAUGCACAACUUGCACUAUUUACUUAUGUUCUUGGUUGUUUUAGUAAAUAAGAGGUAUGUGUGUGUUUUUAAGGUGAAUGUGAAGACAGAUUUUCCUUUAAUCCAUUUUGGGAUGCUUAGAUCAGCCUUCUCCAACAUGGUGCCCUCCAGAUGUGUUGAACUGCAACAUCAGCCCCCAGCCAGAUGGCCAAUGAUCAGGAAUGAUUGUAGUCUAGAACAAGUGGAAAGCACCAUGUUAGGGAAUACUGCCUUAGAUAAUUUUCAAAUUGGUUUAGCAAUAAGCUUGAGUCAUGUCUUAACAAAAGUUGGUUCCAUAUGUUUGUCUUUAUUUGAGAAGAACUGUUCUAAACCAUGUCACAUGUUCAUAAUUUAUUAUAAAAUGAUAGAAGGUCCCAUUGCUUCAGUUCACUGCAGUAAUUUCUCCCUAGAACUGCAGUGUUUCGUCCUUCAGAUUGUAUUUUUUUUCUUUUUAGUUCAGGAAUAUUUUUGGUUUGAGGUUCUGUUCUCUUGAGGUUCUUCCUCCAGAUUCUGCCAAAAGCAUGGAGAUAGAAAGGAUAGUAGUAAUUUGUUAACUGUAGGAAUUGUGAAAUGGGUACAUCAAGAUGAUGUAUUCCGUCAUGUUUUUGGUUCUGGGUUUCUGGCACCGUUCCACAUGUAAGUUGAAUUUAUCUUGAAAAUUUUGAAAGAGAAACAUUGUGCAUUUUUGGGGGGGGGGGGGCUAGCCUUGGAAAGGAAAUAGAUAGAAAUGAAGUGGCUAGAGGGGGAGUUGUGGAGUGUUCUUGAAUUGUGUGGAAAGUGUGCUAAUGUAUGUGUUACUGUUUGAGUAAGCUGUUGUGUUGCUGCAUCUGAAGUGAAUUUGGACUGCAUUGCCAGUGCCGUUUCCCAAUGCAGUAGAUUUUUUUUUAAUGCCAUUUAUCUUGUUGAUUGAAUGCAAGUGUGUGUUUGGUGUGUGCUGCAGCUAUGCUGCAGGGGAAUGGUUUGCAUAUCACCUUUCAGGGAAUUGGCUCAGCUAUUCAGCUGUUUGCAUCUUUUGUGCCGUUAAAUGCAACUGAAUGUCAUUGGCUACCCCAGCUUCUGUUUGCCCCUUGAGACAAAUACUUGGGCAUGAAGGAAUAGACCUCUGUAAUGUUAAAUCAAAACACAAAAGGGACAGUCCACAUCCCACCUGAAUUGAGUAGUUAAACUCCCAUCUUAAUGUCUCUGGAUUUUGUCCUAAAUGUCAAGUAGACUAUAAGCCUAUGUUCAAGCUUUAUGGUUGUCUUUAAAAAUGCAAGUUCUAGAUUCAUAUUUGUAGAGCUCUUACACCUUGAGUGGCAGUUAAUUAAAAACCAGUAUGAAAGCAAUGCAACCGCUAGCUAACUUGCCCUUCCUAGAUCUUUAGGGUCCUAGCAGGAUGGCUUUCACAUAGCAUUGUAUGACAAAAGUACAACUUCUCAUUUUCCUUCAUGUGCAGUGCUAUGAUCUUAACACAACUAGGAUGUCUCAAAUUACAUAAUAUACCUUGUGAAGCGAGAACAGAUUGGUGUGACCAUGAGUAAUACUAGUUGAGAAACUGCAUAGGUAAUACACACUAUAACAAAUGUAUUGGCAGCUUUCGCAACGCAUUUUGUUUCAGUUGGAUGACCUGUGUGGCUCAUAUGCACAAAGUGACUUGGUCUUUCCUUUCCUUUUUUUUUACUACAAAGCUGUGAAGUAAAAAACAAAACAGACAAUAAAAAUUACUUUGUACCAAGAGAAAUAUGGUGUGGCCUUUAUUCUUCUGAUACUUGUAAAAGUGUUUUAGCUGGCUUGCUGGUAUGAUUUGUGUGGGUAGAAAGAGCAGAAAAGUGGUUCUUUGACGUGGGAUUUGGCAAGAAGCCUUCGACAGAUAAAAGAAAGCACAUAGUUAAACUAUGGAACUCACUCCUUACAGGAGGCCGUGAUGGCCACCAACUUGGAUGGCAUUGGACAAGUUCAUGAAGGCUAAGACUAUCAAUAGGUAGUAGUCAGGAUGGCCCUACUGUUCUUCCAUGGUUGAAGGCAGCAUAUUUCUGAAUGCCAGCUGCUGGAAACUGUGGGAAGAGAGGACUAUUGUGUUCAAGUUCUAUUUCUUGGCUUCCCAUGAGCAUCUGGAUGGCUACUGGUCUGAUUUGGAUGCUGGACUAGAUCCAGCAGGGCUGUUCUUAUUCUCAAAAGCUGACAGCAACUCAGAACAUAAGCAGAAAUGUUUAUUGGAUGGCACUGUUAAAAUAUUUCCAGUUGUGUCUAUCUAGAUACCUUUGUAGCCUUAGUACGCUCUGUAGCUUUUGUCAAAUGUAUUACAUCAGGGGUCAGCAACCUUUUUCAGCCAUGGGCCAGUCCACCGUCCCUCAGACCAUGUGGUGGGCCAGACUAUAUUUUGGAGGGAAAAAAUGAACGAAUUCCUAUGCCCUACAAAUAACCCAGAGAUGCAUUUGAAAUAAAAGGACACAUUCUACUCAUGUAAAAACACGUGAUUUAGAAGGCGAUUGGGCCGCAUCUGGCCCCCGGGCCUUAGGUUGCCUACCCUUGUAUUACAUCAUCAUAAUUUCAACCCAGCACAUCUAGACAAGUUUUAAUUUAUGCAUUAAGAAGUUUCAUUCAGCAAUGAAACCACUCUACACAAGGUAUUUUUGUAAUAGGGAGACUGUGCCUGCCAAACACAUGCAGUACCAGACGCUUUAAACCAUUUCUCGCCACAUAAGCUGUUCCUGUGUAGGAAAAAGCUUUGUGUGAAGCAGCCUAAAAUUGCUUAUAUUGGAGAUGCAGCUGUCUGCGAUAGGUUUUACUUGCAAGAGAACCAGCAUCAAAUUAAGUCAGUCAAUUUCCCCAAGGUGUAAUAUUUAAGCCUGGAGCUGAAAAAAGCCAUAAUGUGGCUAGAGGAGCACAUUUUUCUGCAGCCUUAGAUGAUUUGCAAGACUACAGGCUCAGCCAGAAUCCCUGUAGGAGGGAUGGGGAAGCUUUUUCAGCCAGAGAGUCACAGGAUUGUGGUGGUUGGAGCCAGAGGCAAACAUGUGCAGUAAAGGUAAAGGGACCCCUGACCAUUAGGUCCAGUCGUGACCGACUCUGGGGUUGCGGCGCUCAUCUCGCUUUAUUGGCCGAGGGAGCUGGCGUACAGCUUCCGGGUCAUGUGGCCAGCAUGACUAAGCCGCUUCUGGCGAACCAGAGCAGCACACGGAAACGCUGUUUACCUUCCUGCCAGAGCGGUACCUAUUUAUCUACUUGCACUUUGAUGUGCUUUCGAACUGCUAGGUUGGCAGGAGCAGGGAGCGAGCAACGGGAGCUCACCCCGUCGCAGGGAAACUUUGGCCACAGGAAUAAUGUAGCUUAGAUAUGACUGCAGGAUGCAAAGAGAAGUACGCAAACAUUUAUCACACAGCUAAAUAUUAAGAGGCACGUUCUUUUCAAGUACAUUGGGUGGGAUUCAACUAAUGAGUCCUGUCACCAGAAGUCCUGCACAAGGACCUCUGCUUGCUCAACAGAGAUUUUCUCUCUACCUCUAAGAUUGGCUCGAGUGUGGGAAGGGAGAAAAGGAAAGAAUUGUCAUAGGUAGCAAGCCAAAAUGCUUCCCUGACGGAACAAUUGCCUUAGUGCAACAUUGAAUUCCAUUAAAAACUAGAUCCAUCACUUGUAGGUGACUUUAGAAAUAACUGUUUUAAUAAUGAUAACUUGUCCAAGAUUCCUGGCCCCUUAGGAUCUCUUACUGCAAAACAUUUCAAGCUUAAAACAAUAGUUGUUUGCAAUGCUGGGAGGGAGGACCAUCUUUUUAAAAAAUAAAAAAAACAAAACAAAAAACCUUAGGGGUCUACAUGUCAGUGGUGGGCAGAGUAACAGGGGCAGCUCUUACCUUUGUAUACAGCAUCUACAUUUUAAGAAUGUGAGCAGAGGUUUCAACGCACAUCCUCAAGACGCAUUUCUCCAUGCUUCAUCCGGGCAAGCAAGUGGCAUUAUCACAUUUCACAGGCAUAUUCCAGCCAGGCAAAAGCACUUGAGCACAGAGCAUGGAGCAGGGCUGCUGAGGCAUGUUGUGGAGGCAAGGAGCCCCAAGGGUUGGAUAAAGAGGCCCAGAGGCCCAGAUUCAGGCCUGAGGUUCACCACCCCUGUUGUAAAUGAUUGCCGGCGUGCCCUAGAACAAUGCAUUUCCCACCACAGUGAGGGCUGCAACUUUCUCAUGCAAAAUAUGCCUUCGUCCUGGUGUCAGUUAUCAAUAACUGGAAAAGUACAUUUUCAAUUUACUGUCACUUGGUAAAGGGAGAUAGAUGCUGCUUCCUUAUGUUCCUCUCGAGUUGUGCUGCCCUCGCCAUCUAAGCUGUUAAAAGAUGGAGAUUCGCAGAAGUCCCUGUCUUGCAAGUGAAUAUCGACCGGCUGCUUUCAGUUCAAAAGACAAGGUGUGAUUUUGAGACGGAAGACAGAAACAGAAGUGAUGUUUUUCAGGCAUACAUGGUUAGCUGCAGCCACUGGAAGGAAGGGAGAAAUGUUAAGUGACA